UUGAAAAAGCGUACCAGGAAGGCCUUUGGGAUACGGAAGAAAGAGAAGGGAGACAAGGACAAUGACUCAACGUAAGUCUACCAGUCUAACUUACACACACACACACACACACACACACACACACACACACACACACACACACACACACACAAACACAAACACACACACACAAACACAAUCGUACAUUCACAUACACGGCUGUCACCCAAAUAUGAUUCCACUGGCUGUGAAGGUUCCAUCAAGGGAGUUGAGGUUCUAUUGACAAUGGACGUUACGUUCCACCUGAGGAGCUCCACAGUUUGAGCCAUAAUGUCCUCUCAUACGAGGACAGUUGCCUUGGUCAGCUAUAGGCUGUGCCCUUGCCUCUGUGAAACUGGCUGUAACUCUGGCUCCAAGGCUCAGCACUGUGAUCAAUCACUACCUGGACCAAGUGUUUUCUCUAAUGUGGGUUGGGAAGUACUGAUUCCCCUCACUGGGAUGCAUGAUAGCUUAUCAUUUUGAUUCAUGACAUCUGAUAGGUGGGUAUGAUCCUGUUGCUGUGUGUGCGUGCGUGCGCGUGUUUGUGCCCAGUGAUGUAGUGGUAUUACCCUCCACUACAACACUGUUUGUGCAUGUGUGUGUAUGUAAUUGUUUGUGGGUAAAGUUAUCCCUUAUACACCUUUCAAACCAAUACAUUUUCCCGCCAACUUUAGCAUCCCGGCAACUUUUUGCCGACUUAUAUAUGAAAGGUAUUGCCGGUGACAAAGGCUCUACUUUUAUUUCCGCCAACCGACCUAGUCAUGAUUGCUGUAAAGUUCUCCCUACGGCUUAGUAGGAAAUGUAGCCGUAAUGCCGGGGCGGCAUUGGUACACACUACGCUCUUAAGCUCUUGAUGGUUGCUAGGCAGUGGCCAUUACUACUAUCAUCCAGGCAGUUCUAAAGUUGGCGAGGCAUGUCACUUCACCCGUCUCUUCGCAUAGCCUACCGCAUGCACUGUUUUCUUAAUCACAACUGUAUGGAUCUAUAAAGAAUUACUGCGGGAAUAAAUAUCACUGAAUGACGAACAUAUUGGAAUAAAGUAGGGUAAUGCAAGGGUAGAGGAAGUUCAGGAGUAAAAACAAACAAAAUAGAACUAUUGUAAAAUUGACUGUGUCCACAAAAUAUAUAUAAUAUGUAUAAGCUGGAAGUAGAGGCUUAAGCGUUGUUGUUCACUAGUUUACUCCAAUUAGGGUAGGGGUGGUAGGGUUAGAAAGACAUCAAAACUAUGAAAUAACACAUAUGGAAUCAUGUAGUAACCAAAAAAGGGUUCAACAAAUCAAAAUAUAUUUUAUAUUUGAGAUUCUUCAAAUAGCCACCCUUUGCCUUGAUGAAAGCUUUGCACAAUCUUGGCAUUCUAUCAACCAGCUUCACCUGGAAUGCUUUUCAAACAAUCUUGAAGGAGUUCCCACAUUCAGUUGAAGUCGGAAGUUUACAUACACUUAGGUUGGAGUCAUUAAAACUCGUUUUUCAACCACUCCACAAAUGUCUUGUUAACAAACUAUAGUUUUGGCAAGUCGGUUAGGACAUCUACUUUGUGCAUGACACAAGUCAUUUUUCCAACAAUUGUUUACGGACAGAUUAUUUGACUUAUAAUUCACUGUAUCACAAUUCCAGUGGGUCAGAAGUGUACAUACACUAAGUUGACUGUGCCUUUAAACAGCUUGGAAAAUGUAGCUUUAGAAGCUUCUGAUAGGAUAAUUGACAUCAUUUGAGUCAAUUGGAGGUGUACCUGUGGAUGUAUUUCAAGGUCUACCUUCAAACUCAGUGCCUCUUUGCUUGACAUCAUGGGAAAAUCAAAAGAAAUCAGCCAAGACCUCAGAAAAAAAGAGUGUAGACCUCCACAAGUCUGGUUCAUCCUUGGGAGCAAUUUCCAAAUGCCUGAAGGUACCACGUUCAUCUGUACAAACAAUAGCACGCAAGUAUAAACACCAUGGGACCACGCAGCCGUCAUACGGCUCAGGAAGGAGACGCGUUCUGUCUCCUAGAGAUGAACGUACUUUGGUUCGAAAAGUGCAAAUCAAUCCCAGAACAACAGCAAAGGACCUUGUGAAGAUGCUGGAGGAAACAGGUACAAAAGUAUCUAUAUCCACAGUAAAACGAGUCCUAUAUCGACAUAAGCAAGGAAGAAGCCACUGCUCCCUGCUGCAGUGUGUACAAAUCUGGUCAAGACCUACAGGAAACGUAUGAUCUCUGUAAUUGCAAACAAAGGUUUCUGUACCAAAUAUUAAGUUCUGCUUUUCUGAUGUAUCAAAUACUUAUGUCAUGCAAUAAAAUGCAAAUUAAUUUCUUAAAAAUCAUACAAUGUGAUUUUCUGGAUUUUUGUUUUAAAUUCCGUCUCUCACAGUUGAAGUGUACCUAUGAUAACAAGUAUUUGAUACACUGCCGAUUUUGCAGGUUUUCCUACUUACAAAGCAUGUAGAGGUCUGUAAUUUUUAUCAUAGGUAUCAUAGGUACACUGGUCCUCUGUAGCUCAGCUGGUAGAGCACGGCGCUUGUAACGCCAAGGUAGUGGGUUCGAUCCCCGGGACCACCCAUACACAAAAAUGUAUGCACGCAUGACUGUAAGUCGCUUUGGAUAAAAGCGUCUGCUAAAUGGCAUAUUAUUAUUAUUAUUAUUAUUAUUACUUCAACUGUGAGAGACGGAAUCUAAAACAAAAAUCCAGAAAAUCACAUUGUAUGAUUUUUAAGUAAUUAAUUUGCAUUUUAUUGCAUGACAUAAGUAUUUGAUACAUCAGAAAAGCAGAACUUAAUAUUUGGUACAGAAACCUUUGUUUGCAAUUACAGAGAUCAUACAUUUCUUGUAGGUCUUGACCAGGUUUGCACACACUGCAGCAGGGAUUUUGGCCCACUCCUCCAUACAGACCUUCUCCAGAUCCUUCAGGUUUCGGGGCUGUCGCUGGGCAAUACGGACUUUCAGCUCCCUCCAAAGAUUUUCAAUUGGGUUCAGGUCUGGAGACUGGCUAGGCCACUCCAGGACCUUAAGAUGCUUCUUACGGAGCCACUCCUUAGUUGCCCUGGCUGUGUGUUUCAGGUCGUUGUCAUGCUGGAAGACCCAGCCACGACCCAUCUUCAAUGCUCUUACUGAGGGAAGGAGGUUGUUGGCCAAGAUCUCGCGAUACAUCCUCCCCUCAAUACGGUGCAGUCGUCCUGUCCCCUUUGCAGAAAAGCAUCCCCAAAGAAUGAUGUUUCCACCUCCAAGUGUGUUACAAAUGGUUUUCUUUGAGACUGUGGUCCCAGCUCUCUUCAGGUCAUUGACCAGGUCUUGCCGUGCAGUUCUGGGCUGAUCCCUCACCUUCCUCAUGAUCAUUGAUGCCCCACGAGGUGAGAUCUUGCAUGGAGCCCCAGACCGAGGGUGAUUGACCGAUAUCUUGAACUUUCUAAUAAAAUUCUAAUAAUUGUGCCAACAGUUGUUGCCUUCUCACCAAGCUGCUUGCCUAUUGUCCUGUAGCCCAUCCCAGCCUUGUGCAGGUCUACAAUUUUAUCCCUGUCCUUACACAGCUCUCUGGUCUUGGCCAUUGUGGAGAGGUUGGAGUCUGUUUGAUUGAGUGUGUGGACAGGUGUCUUUUAUACAGGUAACGAGUUCAAACAGGUGCAGUUAAUACAGGUAAUGAGUAACUGUGAGAGCCGGAAUUCUUACUGGUUGGUAGGUGAUCAAAUACUUAUGUCAUGCAAUAAAAUGCAAAUUAAUUACUUAAAAAUAAUACAAUGUGAUUUUCUGGAUUUUUGUUUUAGAUUCAGUCUCUCACAGUUGAAGUGUACAUAUGAUAAACAUUACAGACCUCUACAUGCUUUGUAAGUAGGAAAACCUGCAAAAUUGGCAGUGUAUCAAAUACUUGUUCUCCCCACUGUAUAUGGGACGGCUGUCAAUCCUUUGGUCCUGAAAUGAAACUGAUAUACUUUUUUAUUUAUCACAGUUUUCCUUAACCAAUUAUGUUCUUUAAUGCAAGGCCGACAGACAAGUUCCUUACUUUCUCCCCCUUCCACUUUCCUCUUCCAUUUUUGCGGUAAGGCUGCAGUUAUUUGGUUGACAUUUUGGGUAGAGCAGACAUUUCCAUAUGUUUUUGUUAGCUGCAUGUGCGACAUAACUCCACCAGUCCUACCGAUGAUAUCAUUUACGAAGAUUAUACCUUUUUUAAACAUUGUGUCAAAAAAAAAAGUGUUUUUGUCAAUUAGUAUAUUUGAGUUUAACCAAAAUAUUUUUUGCAUUAUUUGUUCUGUCGUUUCUGGAGGAUUCAAUUGAAAUUGCAACCAACUUUCUAUGGCUUGUUUUAGAAAUAGUGAUAUUAGGGAGAUGAUUUCCUUUUCCAAUAACUGAAAGUGAGUGGUUGUAAUCUGGAUAAAGUGAAAAAGGCCAUUCUUGAACAUUGGGUGAAACAAUCUUUCUAAUUUGCUAGAGAACCAGUUCGGAUUUAAGUAUAACUUUUGUAUGACUGAAGCUUUUAGUGAUAGGUCUAAUGCUUUAAUAUUUAAUAAUUUCUGUCCUCCGAAUUCAUAUUCAUUAUAUACAGUGGGGGAAAAAAGUAUUUAGUCAGCCACCAAUUAUGCAAGUUCUUCCACUUAAAAAGAUGAGAGAGGCCUGUAAUUUUCAUCAUAGGUACACGUCAACUAUGACAGACAAAUUGAGGGAAAAAAAUCCAGAAAAUCACAUUGUAGGAUUUUUUAUGAAUUUAUUUGCAAAUUAUGGUGGAAAAUAAGUAUUUGGUCACCUACAAACAAGCAAGAUUUCUGGCUCUCACAGACCUGUAACAUCUUCUUUAAGAGGCUCCUCUGUCCUCCACUCGUUACCUGUAUUAAUGGCACCUGUUUGAACUUGUUAUCAGUAUAAAAGACACCUGUCCACAACCUCAAACAGUCACACUCCAAACUCCACUAUGGCCAAGACCAAAGAGCUGUCAAAGGACACCAGAAACAAAAUUGUAGACCUGCACCAGGCUGGGAAGACUGAAUCUGCAAUAGGUAAGCAGCUUGGUUUGAAGAAAUCAACUGUGGGAGCAAUUAUUAGGAAAUGGAAGACAUACAAGACCACUGAUAAUCUCCCUCGAUCUGGGGCUCCACGCAAGAUCUCACCCCGUGGGGUCAAAAUGAUCACAAGAACGGUGAGCAAAAAUCCCAGAACCACAUGCGGGGACCUAGUGAAUGACCUGCAGAGAGCUGGGACCAAAGUAACAAAGCCUACCAUCAGUAACACACUACGCCGCCAGGGACUCAAAUCCUGCAGUGCAAGACGUGUCCCCCUGCUUAAGCCAGUACAUGUCCAGGCCCGUCUGAAGUUUGCUAGAGUGCAUUUGGAUGAUCCAGAAGAGGAUUGGGAGAAUGUCAUAUGGUCAGAUGAAACCAAAAUAUAACUUUUUGGUAAAAACUCAACUCGUCGUGUUUGGAGGACAAAGAAUGCUGAGUUGCAUCCAAAGAACACCAUACCUACUGUGAAGCAUGCGGGUGGAAACAUCAUGCUUUGGGGCUGUUUUUAUGCAAAGGGACCAGGACGACUGAUCCGUGUAAAGGAAAGAAUGAAUGGGGCCAUGUAUCGUGAGAUUUUGAGUGAAAACCUCCUUCCAUCAGCAAGGGCAUUGAAGACGAAACGUGGCUGGGUCUUUCAGCAUGACAAUGAUCCCAAACACACCGCCCGGGCAAUGUAGGAGUGGCUUCGUAAAAAGCAUUUCAAGGUCCUGGAGUGGCCUAGCCAGUCUCCAGAUCUCAACCCCAUAGAAAAUCUUUGGAGGGAGUUGAAAGUCCGUGUUGCCCAGCGACAGCCCCAAAACAUCACUGCUCUAGAGGAGAUCUGCAUGGAGGAAUGGGCCAAAAUACCAGCAACAGUGUGUGAAAACCUUGUGAAGACUUACAGAAAACGUUUGACCUGUGUCAUUGCCAACAAAGGGUAUAUAACAAAGUAUUGAGAAACUUUUGUUAUUGACCAAAUACUUAUUUUCCACCAUAAUUUGCAAAUAAAUUCAUUAAAAAUCCUACAAUGUGAUUUUCUGGAAUUUAUUUUCUCAUUUUGUCUAGUUGACGUGUACCUAUGAUGAAAAUUACAGGCCUCUCUCAUCUUUUUAAGUGGGAGAACUUGCACAAUUGGUGGCUGGCUAAAUACUUUUGCCCCACUGUAAAUAGGCCCGUUUAAUUUUGUCUGGCUUGCCGUUCCAAAUAAAAUUGAAUAUUUUUUUCUCAUAUAAUUUAAAAAACUGUUCACUAGGCGUAGGCAAGACCAUAAGCAAAUAGGUAAACUGGGAUAAUACUAAUGAGUUCAUCAGGGUGAUUUUUCCACAAAUUGACAGGUAUUUACCUUUCCAUGGUAGCAAGAUCUUAUGUAUUUUUGCUAACUUUCUAUUAAAAUGUAUUGAAGUGAGAUAAUUUAUUUCCUUUGGGAUAUGUAUUCAGUACGUUUUGGAGAAAUGUCCUCUGGUCUGAUGAAACAAAAAUAGAACUGUUUGCCAUAAUGACCAACGCUAUGUUUGGAGGCAAAGGGGGGUGGCUUACAAGCUGAAGAACAACAUCACAACCGUGAAGGACGGGGGUGGCAGCAUCAGGCUGUGGGUGUCUGGUGCACUUCACAAAAUAGAUGGCAUCAUGAGGAAGGAAGAUUAUGUGGCUAUAUUGAAGCAACAUCUCAAAACAUCAGUCAGGAAGUUAAAGCUUGGUUGCAAAUGGGUCUUCCAAAUGGACAAUAACCCCAAGCAUACUUCCAAAGUUGUGGCAAAAUGGCUUAAAGACAACAAUGUCAAGGUAUUGGAGUGGCCAUCACAAAGCCCAGACCUCAAUCCUAUAGAAAAUGUGUGGGAAGAACUGAAAAAGCAUGUGUGAGCAAGGAGGCCUACAAACCUGACUCAGUUACACCAGCUCUGUCAGGAGGAAUGGGCCAAAAUUCACCCAACUUAUUGUGGGAAGCUUGUGGAAGGCUACCCGAAACAUUUGACCCAAGUUAAACAAUUUAAAGGCAAUGCUACCAAAUACUAAUUGAGUGUAUGUAAACUUCUGACCCACUGGAAAUGUGAUGAAAUAAAUAAAAGCUGAAAUAAAUCAUUCUCUCUACUAUUAUUCUGACAUUUCACAUUCUUAAAAUAAAGUAGUGAUCCUAACUGACCUAAGACAGGGAAUUUGUACUAGGAUUAAAUGUCAGGAAUUGUGAAAAUGUAGUUAAAAUUUAUUUUUGUAUAACGUGUAUGUAAACUUCCGACUUCAACUGUAUGCUGAGCACUUGUUGGCUGCUUUUCCUUCACUCUGCCGUCCGACUCAUCCCAAAUCAUCUCAAUUGGGUUGAGGUCCGGGGAUUGUGGAGGCCAGGUCAUCUGAUGCAGCGCCCCAUCACUCUCCUUCUUGGUAAAAUAGCCCUUACGCAGCCUGGAGGUGUGUUGGGCCAUUGUCCUGUUGAAAAACAAAUGAUAGUCCCACUAAGCCCAAACCAGAUGGGAUGGCGUAUCGCUGCAGAAUGCUGUGGUAGCCAUGCUGGUUAAGUGUGCCUAGAAUUUUUAAUAUAUCACUGACAGUGUCACCAGCAAAGCACCCCCACACCACAAUACCUCCUCCUCCAUGCUUUACGGUGGGAAGUACACAUGCGGAAAUCAUCCGGUCACCCACACCGCGUCUUACAAAUACACUGCGGUUAGAACCAAAAAUCUCACAUUUGGACUCCAGACCAAAGGACACAUUUCCACCGGUCUAAUGUCAAUUUCUUGUGUUUCUUGGCCCUAGCAGGUCUCUUCUUCUUAUUGGUGGCCUUUAGCAGUUCGAACAUGAAGGCCUGAUUCACACAGUCCCCUCUGAACAGUUGAUGUUGAGAUGUGUCUGUUACUUGAACUCUGUGAAGCAUUUAUUUGGGUUGCAAUUUCUGAGGCUGGUAACUCGAAUGAACUUAUCCUCUGCAGCAGAGGUAACUCUGGGUCUUCCAUUCCUGUGACGGUCCUCACCGUCCUCUUUGGUUAUUUGAGCUUUUCUUGCCAUAAUACGGACUUGGUCUUUCACCAAAUUGGGCUAUCUUCUGUAUACCCCCUCAUCCCACUCAUUAUCUCAGCCAAUCAUGGAUAGUGGGAAGGUUUCUGUCUUUUUCCGUGGCUAAACCAACUAGGCUUGUAAUUUAGGCUUGUAUUCGUAUUUACAGAUGGCACACAAGUUUGUUAUUAAGGCACAUGAAAGUUCACAUGUUCCAGAAGGCAUUUCUGCCAAAAAACGCAUUUUGAUUUUUUUAAAAAGUUUACGUUCAAAUGGCACUCCUGUGAAGUAGUGACGUGCAAUAUAUGCCUAGUUCAUAAAACGAGUCACAAAUGUGGAAAAAGUGAAGGGGUCUGAUUACUUUCCGAAUGUACUGUACAGUACAUGACCAAAAGUAUGUGGACACUUGCUUGUCGAACAUCUCAUUCCAAAAUCAUGGGCAUUAAUGUGGAGUUGAUCCCCCUUUUGCUGCUAUAACAGCCUCCACUCUUCUGAGAAGGCUUUCCACACCUUCGGAACAUUGCUGCGGGGACUUGCUUCCUUUCAGCCACAAGAGCAUUAGUGAGGUUGGGAACUGAUGUUGGGCGAUUAGGCCUUGCUCGCAGUCGGCUUUCCAAUUCAUCCCAACGGUGUUCGAAUGGGGUUGAGAUCAGGCCUCUGUGCAGGCCAGUCAAGUUCUUCCACACCGAUCUCGACAAACCAUUUCUGUAUGGACCUCGCUUUGUGCACGGGGGCAUUGUCAUGCUAAAACAGGAAAGGGCCUUCCCCCAGCUGUUGGAAGCACAGAAUCAUCUAGAAUGUCAUUGUAUGCUGUAGCGUUAAGAUUUCCCUUCACUGGAACUAAGAGGCCUAGCCCGAACCAUGAAAAACAUCCCCAGACCAUUAUUCCUCCUCCACCAAACUUUACAGUUGGCACUAUGCAUUACAUUUUACAUUUGACGUUUUAGUCAUUUAGCAGACGCUCUUAUCCAGAGCGACUUACAGUUAGUGAGUGCAUACAUUUUCAUACUGGCCCCCCGUGGGAAACGAACCCACAACCCUGGCGUUGCAAGCGCCAUGCUCUACCAACUGAGCUACAGGGGACUCCUGGCAUCCGCCAAACCCAGAUUCGUCCGUCGGACUGCCAGAUGGUGAAGCGUGAUUCAUCACUCCAGAGAACACGUUUCCACUGCUCCAGAGUCCAAUGGCGGCGAGCUUUACACCACUCCAGCUAACGCUUGGCAUUGCGCAUGGCUCGGCCAUGGAAACCCAUUUCAUGAAGCUCCCGACGAACAGUUCUUGUGCUGACGUUGCUUCCAGAGGCAGUUUGGAACUCGAGUGUUGCAACCGAGGACAGACGAUUUUUAUGAGCUACGCGGUUUAGCACUCGGCGGUACCGUUCUGUGAGCUUGUGUGGCCUACCACUUCGCGGCUGAGCUGUUGUUACUCCUAGACAUUUCCACUUCACAAUAACAGCACUUACAGUUGACCAGGGAAGCUCUAGCAGGGCAGAAAUUUGACGAACUAACUUGUUGGAAAGGUGGCAUGUUUGUCUAUAGAGAUUGCAUGGCUGUGUGCUCAAUUUUAUACACCUGUCAGCAACGGGUGUGGCUGAAAUAACCGAAUCCACUAAUUUGAAGGGGUGUCCACAUACUUUUGUAUAUAUAGUGUAACUUUUUUUAUAUGACAGAGGUUCCACACGUUGCCAUGACGCAAGUUGUGUGGGAAAAAUAUAAUUUGUAUUUUAUUCUGUCAUAUUUCAUUUUAUUCUUAGCCUACUAUAAAAUAUAUGUGUGUUGACUGAGAUUAGGGUAGUUUAAGUGUGUAUUGUCUGUUUAAUUAACAAAAUAACUAUUGAUUUCAUGUGCAUGGCGCAGCCAUGUAGCAUAUGGGCUGCACAGACCAGUAACAUAAUUAAAAUAUGCCAUUCAAUUCUUUUGAAAUGUCUUAUCCCGGCAAGAAUGUGGUAUGAAAUAAAAACAAAAUUCAUAUAUAUUUAUGUAUGCAAAGGGUGUUAGAAUGCCCCUAUAGAUUGGGAUUUUCCAGUGAGCUGCUUUGCUAAUUGGCAGUGCACUUCAGUGUUAGGAGAAAAUAUGGAAUGUGGAUUUCAAGAUCCUUACUUUCUCUUUGCUCCCUCCCUUUUUCUCUUUCUCUGUCUUUCUUUCACAGGGGGUCCCCUGACAGAGAAGGUGGUGUAAGUAUCACAAAAUUAUUCAUGUUUUAUCCAAAGGAUUAAUCGGUCAACUUGUUCAGCUGUGAAAUAGUUCACAUUUAUUGAAUUGUGUUGUCAAUAAAGAUGCUUAAUAAUGUCAUUGCUGGAAGGGGAAGACAUGAUUGCCUAUUUCACAAACUCAGUUUAAUACUGUCGUUUUAAGACUGGCUCAGUCCUUUCGGUGAAUCAGCACUGUAACAUUGGUGCCCCUUUUUCAUAGACUCUAGAAUCAAAUGAAAUGAGUGUAUUGUAUUGUUGAACUUAACUGUUUUGUGAGGUAUUGAAUUUCCUUACAUGAUUUGAUUUGUAUUGUAUUUGUAUUCUCUGUAUUGUGGACUCGACUGUCAUCCAGGGUCCCCAAGAGAUUGAAUCGGUAUUGAACACUAUUGGAGUCCCUUCUAGUGUAGGGUAGAUAGUUACUAUAGCCUCUACUCUACUAGGCUCUACUAGACCUUAGGUACUCCUUAGGUGCAUAGUUACUACUUGGGUUCAUAGUUCCUGUAUAAGUAACAUUGAGUAGCCAAUCACAGCGUAGUAGUGCAUGAAUUGAGUAAUCAGGAUCGUGAUUGGUGGAAUUGAUUGUGAUCGUGUCAUUCUGUUUUCAGUCACAGAAGAAGGCCAAUGGGGCGGCUGUCAAUGGAUUCUCUGGAGAGAUCGACUGGGACAGAUAUGUAUGGAACCAGCUUUUUUCCUUUGAACAAGCUCAUAUAAAAAACAAAUCUAUGAUUAUGUUACUGGCAUGCUCUCAAAGAUCUAUAUGUCAUGGACAGUAGAUAUUAUUCUGACCCUUCAGUUACUGUCCUACUGUCGUUUCUAAAGAUUCUGAGGGUAUGUUAAUGUAGCAUCAGUCGGUUGAGGUCAAUUCCAAUUCAAUUCAAACAAUUCAGGAAGUAAACUGAAUUGACAGAAUUUAAAUGGAAUUGAGCCCAACCCUGAUAGCAUGUUGUAAAUACAGCGUGUGAUGUUGGUGUGUCUGUUGCUCGUGUGUUUCAGAACACCCCUACGGUGGACGAUGAAGGUUACAGUCUCAGGCCAGACGAGGAGGAGGGGCCAGGAUCAGAUAUCCUUUAUCAUCUAGCUACACCCUAAUGGAGAUAGAUAUUAACUAUUUCACACGAUAUAAUACACCUACACCUAAUACUACACCUAUAGCAGCACUAUAGUUAUACCAAAUCACAGAUUACAUAUAGUUUGUAUGUCACAAUAUGAGCACAUCGCUCUUUGUACAGUGGGGAAAAAAAGUAUUUAGUCAGCCACCAAUUGUGCAAGUUCUCCCACUUAAAAAGAUGAGGCCUGUAAUUUUCAUCAUAGGUACACGUCAACUAUGACAGACAAAAUGAGAAUUUUUUUUCCAGAAAAUCACAUUGUAGGAUUUUUUAUGAAUUUAUUUGCAAAUUAUGGUGGAAUAUAAGUAUUUGGUCAAUUACAAAAGUUUCUCAAUACUUUGUUAUAUACCCUUUGUUGGCAAUGACACAGGUCAAACGUUUUCUGUAAGUCUUCACAAGGUUUUCACACACUGUUGCUGGUAUUGUGGCCCAUUCCUCCAUGCAGAUCUCCUCUAGAGCAGUGAUGUUUGGGGGCUGUCGCUGGGCAACACGGACUUUCAACUCCCUCCAAAGAUUUUCUAUGGGGUUGAGAUCUGGAGACUGGCUAGGCCACUCCAGGACCUUGAAAUGCUUCUUACGAAGCCACUCCUUCGUUGCCCGGGCGGUGUGUUUGGGAUCAUUGUCAUGCUGAAAGACCCAGCCACGUUUCAUCUUCAAUGCCCUUGCUGAUGGAAGGAGGUUUUCACUCAAAAUCUCACGAUACAUGGCCCCAUUAAUUCUUUCCUUUACACGGAUCAGUCGUCCUGGUCCCUUUGCAGAAAAACAGCCCCAAAGCAUGAUGUUUCCACCCCCAUGCUUCACAGUAGGUAUGGUGUUCUUUGGAUGCAACUCAGCAUUCUUUGUCCUCCAAACACGACGAGUUGAGUUUUUACCAAAAAGUUCUAUUUUGGUUUCAUCUGACCAUAUGACAUUCUCCCAAUCCUCUUCUGGAUCAUCCAAAUGCACUCUAGCAAACUUCAGACGGGCCUGGACAUGUACUGGCUUAAGCAGGGGGACAUGUCUGGCACUGCAGGAUUUGAGUCCCUGGCGGCGUAGUGUGUUACUGAUGGUAGGCUUUGUUUCUUUGGUCCCAGCUCUAUGCAGGUCAUUCACUAGGUCCCCCUGUGUGGUUCUGGGAUUUUUGCUCACCGUUCUUGUGAUCAUUUUGACCCCACAGGGUGAGAUCUUGUGUGGAGCCCCAGAUCGAAGGAGAUUAUCAGUGGUCUUGUAUGUCUUCCAUUUCCUAAUAAUUGCUCCCACAGUUGAUUUCUUCAAACCAGGCUGCUUACCUAUUGCAGAUUCAGUCUUCCCAGCCUGGUGCAGGUCUACAAUUUUGUUUCUGGUGUCCUUUGACAGCUCUUUGGUCUUGGCCAUAGUGGAGUUUGGAGUGUGACUGUUUGAGGUUGUGGACAGGUGUCUUUUAUACUGAUAACAAGUUCAAACAUGUGCCAUUAAUACAGGUAACGAGUGGAGGACAGAGGAGCCUCUUAAAGAAGAAGUUACAGGUCUGUGAGAGCCAGUAAUCUUGCUUGUUUGUAGGUGACCAAAUACUUAUUUUCCACCAUAAUUUGCAAAUAAAUUCAUUAAAAAUCCUACUAUGUGAUUUUCUGGAUUUUUUUUCCUCAAUUUGUCUGUCAUAGUUGACGUGUACCUAUGAUGAAAAUUACAGGCCUCUCUCAUCUUUUUAAGUGGGAGAACUUGCACAAUUGGUGGCUGACUAAAUACUUUUUUCCCCCACUGUAUAUAGAGUCUGUAUCUGACUGACUGACUGUUUGACUGACUGACUCAAUGACUGACUUAGUGAACGACUGUCUAUAUAGAUCAGAAACAUUUUGUAUUCAGCCCACCACAGAACAGCUUAUCAGUACAAAUCAACAGGGAGACCGUUGAGCAUCAUCUCAUCUCAACUCAAUAACAAACAGACAGCCGGGAAAUAACUGAGUAUCACGUCAACUCAAUAAUAGCUAACAGCAUACGGCCUGGAACAACUAUAUAUUGAUUAGACUGAUAUUGCUGGGAGAUUCGGCAGGCUUUUCGGAACAUGCUGUUCUGUGAGGAGAUUCUACGGUCUCCUGAUUAGAAGCUGUUGUAUGCUGUAGCAUCUAGUAUUUGGUUGAGUUGUAGAUAUAGAAACGAUCCGGAGUACAGAGUUUCCCCUAGUACAGAUCUAGGAUCAGCUUCCCCUCCCCCAAUCCUAACCUUAACCGUUAGUGGGGAAAAUGCAAAACUGGCCCAAGCUCAGUAGGGGCAACGUCACCUUACUCCUAGAAAUACAAUGUAAGUGACCUAUGACCUUCAGCAGUUAAACCAUUACGGUCUUUAACGGCAACCCACCUGGCCCCAAACCACCCAAGGAACACUUCUUCUCCUCCAGCGAGUCGGAGGGAGAGGAGGACCACCGGAAAAAGUUUAAGAUCAAGAUCAAACCGUUACCAGCGGAAAGUGCCAACUGUUUGGCCCCCUCAGUAGAUGAACUCAAAGCUUCCAUUGGCAACAUAGCUCUGUCUCCUUCUCCUCUGGUGAGUCCCUCCCUCCGUCUGCCAUCACUGCCUUGCCCUCACUGGAGCCAUGGUGUCAUUUCCUCUUCCUGUUACUGUAUACUGUAUUCUAGAAUGUGUUUGAAUUGUUGUAUCUGUUUGCUGUUCUGUUCCUCAUUAGGAAAUUCUUUCCACAGUUCACAACACAUUUCUUACUCUUUGUGUGUUUCUCUGUCGCACUGCAUGCGUUUUCUCCUCAUUACACACUUAUAUGCCUGUCUGUGAGUGAAUGAUAGUUUCUCAGAGGCUUAUUCAUCCAUAUUCCUGUAGUGACAGUGAGCUAGGGAGGCGCUGGGGUUUGCUUACCCUCUACUACAUAAUACAUUGCUGAUGCUAGGGAUGUUGGGGAGAGAAAUGGUGGCUGGCAGGUCUUUAGCAUUCUGCUGUGACCUCAGUGGACUACCAAUUACUGGAGUGGAGUUUAACCCAAGGCAGAUGUCUCUAAGCAGCCCACAGAAACCAACGGACACUGUGUUAUUGAGUCUCAUCAUACACUUUAAACUGGAGAGAGAGUUCCCACACCACAAUGACAACAACUUCAUGAGAAACCAUGAGAUUCAAACCUACUCAAAUUAAAAACAUCACUUAAAACCUCAAAUUAGCAGAGUGAUCCAAAUGAGAGGGGAGGGGGAGGGAGAGGUGUUGAAGGAGUUUCUCUUUGGGAUGGGGCCCCACCCCUCCAACCUCCUCCACACCCGUCAACCCUCCUCUAGUGUCAUACCUGGUGUAAAUAAUUCAGCCUGGAAAGUGGGUAUUCACAGUGAGGCACUGAUGUAUGCUGUACGUACGUGAGGACAGUCUCUGGUCAUACGAGAACCUUACAGACUCAAUAAUUAAUCCAUCCACUGGCUGUAGAGCCGCCAGCUAGCCGUUAGCUCACUAACCUUGAGCAGUGAGCAGGUGUUUGGUUGUUUUAAGGUGUACCUGGCUCUCUCUGUGUGUAGAGGAAUUGUACAAUAUAGAUCAGGGAAUAGCAGACAUUAGCUGUGUGGUUCUGAGGGUGGCCAGUCAGUCAUAGAGAAUUGUAUUAUGUCCUCCUUACUGUAGGUCAAGUAAUCACCUAAAACCCAUUGUCAAAACCUUGUUCCAGAAAGGUCUAUCAGUGUACUAGGUUAGGGGACAGAAAGGGUUGGAGACUACGUGCCAUGGGGUUUGAGAUUAUAACAACCAUGUGAUUAAAUCCCAAAUGAAUGUACAGUGAUUGACCAGGUCUAGGAGAGACCUUCAAUGUAGAAGGAUUUAACCCCAGGUCUUUCAAGUCCUUUAAUAUAGAGAUGUAUUCCCAAGCAACGGUUCUAACGCCCACGUCUGAAUAGAAAGCAGUGCCAGCUCUGUCCUAUACUCUCCAGAUUAUGUCUAUUCCAAUUAGCAUCUCCUCCGUUUAGUAAAACCUCUCCAGUCUGUCCAGAGUGCUGGAACUUCUGCCUUUUACCUCAGUCAUGAAUUAAACAUGAGUCGCUCUCCAUUGCAACUGUGUGCUUACCCAGGUAGCCCUGGCAACGGUUACCAGGACAUUGGCUAAGGAGAGCUGGGAUAGGGAGCAAAGGUUAACAGGCUAAAUCGAACAACGAGGUUCUACCCACAUUUCUUUCCCUGGCUUUCUCUUGCUCCCUCAUUCUAUCUCUCCUGCAUUCUCUUUCUCUCCUUCUCCCUUCGCCUGUCGUUCUCCCUUCCUCUUUCUCUCCCUUGACCUCGAUCUCUCUGUAUUAAAGUUAAAUGUGUUGUUCUUUGAGCGUGAUGGCUGUUGAGAAUACAGAAAGAGAGACAGAGGAAGACAGUAUGUGUGAGAGCAGAUUAACCUCCCAUGGGCAUUUCUGUCCACAGUGCAAUAGAUGUAUCACUAGAGUUUCCCUUGUACUCAACAACUAUCACUAUUGAUUAAACAUCCAGUCACUCAUCAGAUCAAAGUCGCUUAUCAAUAUACUGUAGAUGGAUGAAUGAAUGGGUGUGGAAAGUGAAAUGGAUAGACAGAUUGGUAGAUAGUGGAUACUUAUGCUCUCUCCGUGGAUCUUACGUAAAUGAGAGUAGAAAACUAUUGACAUGAUGUGUGUUUGUUUGGUCAGUCUACAUUCACCUCCAUAAUUCCUGCUAUCAUAGCUUUGUGUAUACAGUAAUUGUGGAUUAUCUACCCUAACAUGGUAUCCCCUCUACCCCCUUUCUCCCCUCCUCUGUCUCUCUGUUCUGCCCCCUCCUCUGUCUCUCUGUUCUGCCCCCUCCCUCUGUCUCUCUGUUCUGCCCCCUCCCUCUGUCCCUCUGUUCUGCCCCCUCCCUCUGUCUCUCUGUUCUGCCCCCUCCCUCUGUCUCUCUGUUCUGCCCCCUCCUCUGUCUCUCUGUUCUGCCCCCUCCCUCUGUCUCUAUGUUUUGCCCCCUCCGCUGUCUCUCUGUUCUGCCCCCUCCCUCUGUCUCUCUGUUCUGCCCCCUCCCUCUGUCUCUAUGUUCUGCCCCCUCCCUCUGUCUCUCUGUUCUGCCCCCUCCCUCUGUCCGUCUCUACCUUUCUUCCCCUCUACCUCCCUCUUUUUCUAUAUUUAUCUUCCUCUCUCUUAUGAUGCUAACUUCUGUAGAGGAGUAGUCCGGUAAGCCUCUUCUUGGCAUGUCGUUCUCUGUCUCUCUGUCUCUCUGUUAGCAUGAAUUGCACACUUGCAUGUCAGUUUUCUCCCUUUCUGUUUGUGAUUCAGCAUACUGACUUUUCUCUCUAAGGACCAUAUUGAAUGUCUGGUGGGUGUCCAUUGGGUCCUUUGUAAUAGAGUGAGAGAAAUAUGCAAUAGCAAUACAACACACUCAGGUGUACCGGUGAACCAGGAUUUGUGGAGAACAGGUUGCUCUGAAUGAGAACCAAUGGUGAGACUACCACAGUACCAGCACGAAGACAGCUGCUUUAUAGUGACAUUCGCUAAGAUGGAAAUCUGGCUGCUUUCUCUCAUAAUAUCCAUGCACAACAGCUCAGCAGAUUAUGUGUGCUCGUGUGUGUAUAUGAGUAUAUGCUUUUAUUUUAUUUCCUCUGAGUAAGGUCCCCUGAAUCUGAUUUAAUUGAGGCUGUAGCAGUCAGUCAGUUGCAUUCCACAGGAGCAGAAUGAUGGGAAGAAUUACAAAGGAAAUGGAGGUGGGGAAGGGCAGAAAAGAAUGCAGAGGGAGAUGAGGAGAGGGGAAAAGGAUACAGCUGAAUGAAGCCACAGCAGGUCCACAGAAGAGUAGAGAGGACAGGGCCAAUUGGAUCAGUCAUUAUGGGCUGUGGAUGACUGUGAUUUCUCUCUCAACAUAUUGACAUACACACCCAUGCAUGAUCACACACCCACGGAUGAAUCAUCGCGCUCACUCACUCGCGCGUGUGAAUGAGUCAUCCGUGCUCCUCUUAAGCCCUUCUCAGCUCUCUGCUUUCUACUCCAUGAUGCAUGUUUGAUCUCAAUAUACAUGUUCAAAAGCAUCAAAUGGGUAAAUUGUGACUGACUGACUGAUCUACAAAUAAUAAUGAAUAGUUAUUUUUGAUGCAAGGUGAUUUUUAGAUCAGUCAGUCGCCAGCCCAUUUGGUCUCACGUCAGAUGGCAUCACUUCUAUGCGAAGCUCGUCCCUCAACCGAUCUGUGGAACUCAUCCCUAAUUCUGAAAAUCACUCCGCUCUCGGUAGCUAUGACACACUGGCUACUACCGCAAACCAUGCUCGAUCAGCAGAGCAAACUUACUCCCGCUAGCAGUCUAGUGCAAGCUUGUUUGAGUGGCCAUACGGUAGAUAGUUUGCCAGAUGAAUUGUAUAGCACCAAAGUUAUGGAACUGUUCACAGCUGGCACUGUGCCUCGCUACUUUGAAACAUUUUGCAAACGCGAUAACGCCACACAGAGCAGUCAGCUGUGCUGUAGAACUCUGCGCACUAAUCACGCCAGAACAGAUGUCAUGAAGACUAAUUUGUGCAUUAGCUAGAACUUCACUGCGCUAGCUAGCGGGAAUAUUCAGUGUUGAGUGUGUUAAAUUAUGUUGUUUGCAUCCCUGCCUUUAGUUUCAUAUGGAUUGAUUUGAAACUGAUUCAGCCAGCAAGCAGACACUAGCUAGCUAAUGUGCUAGCUAGCUAAUUUUCGUGCACAUUUCAAAUUUCAUAAAUACCGAUUCUACCACCACAAAACACCUUAGCUAGUGAAGAAUACCCAAUAUUAGCUACAGGUUUAUAGUUUUUGGUAAGAUAAACUCUGACACUUUUGAGGAUUUAAAGGGGGUUCAGUUGACAAUGUCACCUUGGUAACCUUUUCGAAUGUUAGGACAGCAUAUAGUAGCCAAACUUCUUUUUAGCUAUCCCAUGUGUUUGCGAGUUAUCAGACAGACCAGAUGUGAGACAAUGUGGUUGAUCUAUUUUAAAGCACAUUAAGGGUGUGGAUCAUGCACUCUUAAUACUCUUAAAAGCCUACUGCCAUUCUUCAGUCACCAGUCAGAAAUCACUGAAUAUUUGAACAUUCUUACUGGCACGGCUAAUAAUGCCACCACAGGCCUAUAGAAAUGUUGCAGUGCUCCGCUUGACCUGUCAUUGCUCCAAUCACACAAUUUUGCUGCCUCAAUGCCCCGUCCACCAGGAAGUAGCUGAGUGCCGGAGCCGCUAUACCAACAUUUUUAUAAUUAACUCAAGAUAGACCACAUGGUGUCGUUUCCAACCGGAGCAAAUUAAGCGUAGUGGGCAGAACAACCAAGGAUGUGGGUAGAGCCAAGCACGAGCUAGCGAGAUCCUAUUGCCGUGUUCUAGCAUGUAUUUGCAUAUUUCUGUUAAGGAACAACUACUCUGUGAAGUGCGCGUGUACAAUAACUCAGUUCACCAUUGCACUCCUUCUAAACAAUAUAAUUUUUUAAAACUUUUAGAAAGGUUUAAGUCUACAAAACUUAGUGUUCGUAACAGAUUAUAGUUUUGGGAGCAGAAAACGGUAUUGAGAUCGAGUGUUCCAUCGCUGAGAAAAUGUGCAGAAUGUUGGCCAAGUUUAAUCUAGCUCUAACUUCUCCCACUUCCUGCCACUGGACUUCCUCUCAUCACCAUAUUUGGUGGUGAGAAGAAGUUCUAAAUGGAUGCUUCAGAUUUAUACAUCCUGUGAAGUAUCUGGCUCAUUGUUCUCUCGUAGUGACAUCACUAUGACAGUAUACUACUGUACUGUACCUUUCUUUACCCCACUCUAUCUCUCUGGUGCGGGAUGACUAAACUGAAUUUCCAUUACAGCCAUUAAUGGGGAUGACUCUGGUUGUGUUGUGAAUGUAACUGUAUUAUGUUGGAGAAGUGUGCUUUACUGAUUCAUCACUCUCUGACCAGGUAUCUCUUCUCUCUUCCUUUUUGCUGGUCAUAGAGACGUAGCCCGGUAAGUGUCCCUCCAUUCCGUGUCUGUCCCUGGGGCCUGGGGUGAAUUACAAACGCUUUUUUCUCCCUCUGCUUCCUGUAGCCUGCUGGAGGAGUGGAGGGGAGAGGGUUGAGGUGGAGUUAACAGUUGAAACAGAUCAGGAAAAUAUGGCUCCCUGUUGUACUAGGCGUUUAAGUCCCUGGGGGAAUCUGAAUAGUCUUUCCUUGAUUCCUCGUAUCCUCUGUCUUCGCCUCCUUCUUGCUUCCUUCUGAUAUAUUAAGGAGGUGGGUAGAAGAAGGGAAGAGACGACGCAAGAAAUUGAGAAAGGACGUUUGAGAUUCACCCCAUCUGUCGACAGCUGGACCCUUUGAUCUCUCAUUUCAGCCCCACCUUCUGGUGAAUCCUCUGCUGCUCUCUCCCUCUCUCUCUCUCUCUCCUUCCAUCUCGCACUGUCCCUCCUUCCUUCUCCCUCUAUUUUCCUUCUUAUCGUGCCUCAUUGAGAGUUAUUUCAUGCACUGUAUUCUCACUAAAAAGCAGCACUCUUUGUCUUGGUCUCUCUCUUUCUUUCUCUCUCCCUGCUCUCUCUUUCUCUCCUUUUCUCUCUAUCUCUCUCUUUACCUCUGGGUUUCUCUCUGUCUCUCUCUCCAUGUUUCUGUAUCUCUCUCUCUCAUUAUAUGGUCUCAUCUCUAUUCUAUAUCUGUCCCUCUCAAUUUUGUGUAGGGUGUAUAAUGUCUUGGGCUUACAUGAGGCUUUAAAUACCUACUCUUUCGAUCUGUCUCUGACAGCUUUCUGUGCCCACUGACCUCACACUAUACACUGAGUGCACAGAACAUUAUGAACACCUGCUCUUUCCAUGACAUACAGUGGCUUGUGAAAGUAUUCACCCCCCUUGGCAUUUUUCCUAUUUUAUUGCCUUACAACCUGGAAUUAAAAUUGAUUUUUGGGGGGUUUGUAUCAUUUGAUUUACACAACAUGCCUACCACUUUGAAGAUGCAAAAUAUUUUUUGUGAAACAAACAAGAAAUAAGACAAAAAAACAGAAAACUUGAGCGUGCAUAACUAUUCACCCCCCCCAAAGUCAAUACUUUGUAGAGCCACCUUUUGCAGCAAUUACAGCUGCAAGUCUCUUGGGGUAUGUCUCUAUAAGCUUGGCACAUCUAGCCACUUGAAUUUUUGACCAUUCUUCAAGGCAAAACUGCUCCAGCUCCUUCAAGUUGGAUGGGUUCCGUUGGUGUACAGCAAUCUUUUUUUCAUUUCACUUCUCCAAUUACAUGAAAUCCAAAUAAAAAUCAAUUUAAAUUACAGGUUGUAAUGCAACAAAAUAGGAACAACGCCAAGGGGAAUGAAUACUUUUGCAAGGCCAGGUGAAUCCAGGUGAAAGCUAUGAUCCCUUAUUGAUUAAAUCCACUUCAGUCAGUGUAGAUGAAGGGAGGAGAAUGGGUAAAGAAGGAUUUUUAAGACUUAAGAUAACUGAGACAUGGAUUGUGUAUGUGUGCCAUUCAGAGGGUGAAUUGGCAAGACAAAAGAUUAGAAGUGUGUUUGAACGGGCUAUGGUAGUACAGUAGGUGCCAGGCGCACCGGUUUGUGUCAUGAACUGCAAUGCUGCUGGGUUUUUCACGCUCAACAGUUUCUCGCGUGUAUCAAGAAUGGUCCACCACCCAAAGGACAUCCAGCCAACAUGACACAACUGUGGGAAGCAUUGGAGUCAACAUGGGCCAGCAUCCCUGUGGAAUGCUUUCGACACCCUGUACAGUCCAUGCUCGACGAAAGCAGGGGGGGUGGGGGGGUGCAAUUCAAUAUUAGCCAGGUGUUCUUAAUGAUUUGUACACUCUGUGUAUAUUAGCUUGUCUAUAGAUCCUAAUGGUCAUUGUAAAGUAUAUAUUAUUUGUAUUAAUCUACAUAACUGCAUUUUUAUUUCACUCUGCAGUAAGUAUACCUUUUCCAGAAAUAUUAUGUUUUAUAAUCCACUCACAAUUCAGACAGUGCAUCUCAACACAAUAUCGUCUCUUAUGUCCUAAGGCCACUAGCUCCUAGAUUGUUCCACAGUAUUUCUGUGUGAGGUAGAGAGAACAGGCCUAUUAUUAGUCAUCUACUUCCCUGUUGCGACGGUUGCUAAAUCAGCCUAGCCAAUGGUCUCAUCCGAUUAGCUCAUUCUAAGGCUAUAGAGACCAUUUUCUGACCUUCGCUAGUGGACAGGCACCCUCCUGGAAAUACUGUAUGUAAUGUGUACAUUAACACGGUGUGACUAAUGGAUUUUAAAACCCUUUAAUAUUUCCAUUUGAGUCAUUUGAGUGUGAAAUGUAAUGUGUGAUAUGUUUUUUGUCUUUUUUCAAAUGUAUGUGUUUUUAUUAUAGGGGUUGAUGACAAAGGACUCUAGUAAGUAUCUAAGAUGUCUCCUCUUGUUUUGUUGUUUAAAGCUAAAUGCUUCAGUUGAAAAGCCAAGUCAUUGAUUAGUUUCAAUGUGUUUUAGUGUGUAUGAUGAGUCAGUUGAGGUGAACGACUGUGAAUGAAUCUCUCCUCAGGUGAAGAGAUACAGGUAGCUCGGCCAAGACGUCCUGCACCCAUUGAGGUCCCCACAUUAGCAGCCCCGGUGCUACAAGUCCCCAGGUACGUCUCUGUCUGUUGCCCACUGACCUGUCACAGACUCACCCCAGGUGUUGUGGCUCUGUAGUGAUGCACUGGUCUGUACAUCUAUAGUUUUACAUUAACAUCUGAUGACUUUCAGUCGCUGAUGACAAUCAACAAUCACUGAUUUAGUAACGUUAAGUCGAAGGCUGAUACAGCCCCUUCCUUCCCUUAUGACAUGAAUGCAUCUCCUGUUGUAGUGUGCUGAGUGAGGUGACUGAAGUCUGUCUUAGUUUCUGUGGUAGACUGAUCAUCUGACUCAUCCUGCUGUCCCUGUCUAUCCCUGUCUUAUCUCCAUCCCUCAGCAGUAAGAAAGCCAGUACCAGAGAAUGCUACAGCCUACUAACCCUGUCUGUCUGUCUGUCCCUAUUUUAUCUCCCUCCCAGAAGUAAGAGAGCCCCAGCAGUACCAGUACUAGAGAAGAAAGCAGUCUCAGUACCAGAGGACGCUACAGCCUUAUUUGGGCCUCCGCUGGAGACAGCCUUCGGAGAGCAGAAAACUGAAGGUACAACUCUGUCCCACAUCUGGCUGUCACCGGGUUUUCUUUGAUGUUUGAUUGGUGUGUGUGUGUGUGUGUGUCAGCGCUGAGCGAUUAACCAACAUUUUCGCACCGUUUCUGUAGAAUGAAAUCAAAGCAAGCACGAGAGAAAUCAGAUCAGAUGUUACAGGAAUUUGUAGUUUUCAACAGGAAAAUAUUCAACCUAGUUCAGCGCAGAAAACAUGCUAAUUGCCUACAAUGCCCAUAAUCCCCUGCCUUUCCUGUUUAUCCAGACCCCGGACAGACUCAUGAGAGAGGAAUGUACACAACACAACGACGAGAGGGAUAGAGACAGUUUGUGAGGUAGCUCUACACAGAUAGUUGAUAGGUAAUUAGCAGUCUUGAAAGUAUGCCCUAUCUACUAAAAUUGUAAUUUCGUCAGACAGCUCUGCAGCAUAAGAAGCUACUAGCUAGCCAUCUAGCUAGCUACUAGUCUAGCUAAACAGGAUGACUCGUUAGGGAGCACAGAGAUUACGGUCGCGUUCCCUGCUCAGACUUUGCAUGCAUCAACCAAUGGUUGCGUGACAUGUCAUCGACUGUUCCGUCGGGCACCAGAUUGCUGCAACAUACUGUAUGAUGUGGUUAGCUGAUAUGUAAAAUACCUAUCCAGGCGUUGUAAGAUCUGGCAUGCAUCAGCAACACCUAGGCAGAAGAACGUGCCCAACAUUAGAUGGUUGUCUGGCUGGCUGGCUGCUAAUGCCUGAGCAGAGAUGAGAUGAUGACUAAGGAAUUAAAUUAAAUAAAGUCAUCCAAUAAAGUAAUAAGACAAUGGAUUGUUUUCAAUGUUUUUUGUCAAUAUUUGGCUUUGGAAUUUCAAUUAAAACGUUCUAAAAUCAUUUUAAGGUAAUUAUUUAAUGUAAAAAAUAUAUAUAAUAAAAAAGAACCUGAAAUCAAAAACCGUUAUUUUGUUUUGUGAAACUCGAACUGACCUCAAAAAGCGCUAAUCGCUAAUCGCUAGCGUGUGUGUGUGUGCGUGCAUGUGUCCAUCUCUACCUUGUUUUGCUGUGAUCGAGAUGUGUAUAACGACAAUGGCUUGUUGUGGAUCACUGUGACACUGAAGACACACUGCAGAUGCAUAGCACCAACAAGAUGGAUGCUUCCUAUUCCCUACACUGCCUUUCGGCCACCUCUAAAGACACUAUCCCUCCUCCCUGUCAGCUGCACACACUGCCACUAUGUCUUGGGCACUAAAACUCUCACAAACACGCUAGGGAUCAGAGCUCAGAGGCACUAUGAAGUCAAAUUAGAUUCCACCGUGGUUGGUUUGUUGUCGUGUGGAUCCACCCUCACCGCUCUCAGUCAGGGUUCUAUGCUGGUGGAUUUAGCUCUGCAGGCUCUGACUGGAAAGCUCUUAGCUUGUUAUGUAACUACCUGCCGAAGCAUAGCUAAUGUCACUACAUACAGAUACAGCAGCCUUUGCUUUUUUAACACACCAUUCAGAGAUAGAAGUUUCUCUGUGAGGCUGUUAGUCCCUGCUGAUAUCCCUCUUUCUCAAUGGUGUGGUUAUAUAAAGUACAUGAUUCUGUGAAACUGAUAGGGUUGCUAUUCUCUAUUUAUAAAUAACAGAUGAGCUUGUAUAAGAUGUUGCCUUCAGUAGUAGGAGAUAUUCUCCACAGCUAUAGCUAAUAGAACUGAUAUUACCUCCUUACUUCUUGGUGUCUUUUUUUGCGCAGUAAUUGGUUGGUUAUAGACAUGACAGGUUUAGGCUAAUGGUAAUCUAGGUCCAAGAAUUCAGAUUCAAUUCAUGUCUUUAUUCUAGAUGCUAACAUGCCUAUUUUAACAUACAGUUACCCUGAGGUAUAUCUUUUUAGCUUAUUAAACUGACGCCCCCACUAUGUUAUGUCCCCUGUCUGUUCUGAACAUAGUGGGUAUAUCUGAGACAGUGGUGUGUGACGUGUGGGGUGCUCCUCUACCUGAGUCUGAGUCACUGAGCCCAGACUUCUCUUUCACGAGACCCUUCCCUACAGGCAGUAAGUUUUCCAUUUGUGUUUGCACUUCCUGGAAUGACUCUGAAAUGACUGCACGGAACCAUCAACACCUCAUAAACCACCUCACCCUCAUGACUGAAACUAACGAGCGAUCUGGACGGAUAAACAGAGGGAGAGAGUCUGUGAACGAGUGCUCCAUUAACUCUUCCUCUUCCUCCGCAGCCCGUACUAACCCGCUCAUUUCAUCCGUCAUUAGUUAGAGAAAUAAUUAAAUCCAUACUAAUGUUGAGCAUCAUGAUUCAAUUGCCUCUUCCUCCUCUUCCCCCCUGCAUCUGCCAUGGAUUAUGGGCCAUAUGCAUGGUGGUGUAUGUAAUGUAUGGCAUGGGGCUGUAUGGUAGUUCCCUACCUGUCCUGUCCUGAGCUGGUGUGGCGCAGCCAUGCACUAACCCCAGGUGCCUCUAGAUGGCGCCACCCUUUAUAGUGACAGGCUGUUCACGGAUGCACUGAUAUCAUUGCAGCUCCGCCCCUGCUUCCGCCCAAGAAUGUCUCAACCUCCCCCCCUCUAACUGGCUCCCCCUCUGCAGAUGCUGCCGGUAAGACCCCUCAUCACUCGACCCCUCUUGACCCCUUCCCUCUCUCCUUCCCUCUACCUUUUUCUCAAUCUCACUUUCUAUUUCUUGCAUUUGCUGUCUCUCACUCUCUCUCUCUCUCUCUCUCUUACUCAUUCUCAUACUAACUGCUCUGCUCCUCUCUCCGUGCACGUGACUGUCAGGUUUGUCAAUAAAGGCAGAAGGCUCAGGGAGGAAGACCUCCAUCCCAAACCUGGACAACAUUUUCGGCCCAGCGGAACCCCCUGCCUUUGGCGAGGAGUCUGCCGACAAGUGGGUCUGCUUCAGCGAGGAAUCAGCAGCCUCUGAAACACCACCCCCUCCAAAGGACCCAGCCCCGCCUCUGCCAACGUCCCCACCCCCUCCAGAAGAUCCCCCUGCCCCUCCUGUACCCACCUCCCCUCUCCCUCUGGAUGACCCUGUCCCUGCCCCCUCUCUCUCCCCUCUCCCCACCUCCCGUCCCCCACAGGAAGAAUCUGUCUCUCCCUUACCCACCUCCCCACCCCCUACAGAGGAACCAGCGCCCCACCUACCCACAGUCCCACCCUCACCUAAAGACCCUACACCCCCACCCACACCACUUCCACCAAAGGACCCUACACCACCCCCCACUCCCACACCCACUGUUGUCCCCACGCUCGACUUAACCUCCAGCAUUGUCCCUGUUCCCCCUGUCACCUCACCCCCCAGCGUUGCCCCUGUCUCCUCUGCAGUCCCCUCUUCUCCCAAAGCAAGCACAUCUGUCUCCCCCACCAUCCCCCCUGCCCCUGUGGAAGCACCCUCACGCACCAUCCCCCCGCCCCUCGUCUUGGCCUUGGAGGAACGGAAGGGUCCUGAAGCAGCUGCUCUGUCUGUCCCACCUGCCCCGCCGAAAGAGGACCUCAGUGAAACCGCCACCACCGUGUCACCCAAAGAUGUUGGGCAGGUUUCCCGUGUUGCGCCUCCCCCUCCUCCACCCCCUACGUACAGGGCAGUGGUGUCCUCGCCAGGACCCACGACAGGGGGCAUGGGUAGUAGUGGUGAGUACCCCUGCAGUUCUAACUCAUCUUACACAACACCCCCCAUCCAUAACAGCACAAUCCACCUGACCACUGUCAGCAUCAGUCUCAGUCCGUAGCGUUGUGCUGAUGUAUCAUGCAGUCAGCUAGUGUAAGCACAUACUUGAUAGGUUGUCAGUGUAAAAGAGUAUGUUCUUAAUUGACUUACCUGUAUAAAUAAAGGUUGGAUAAUAAAAACUAGGAACAUAAUGACCAUCUAUUUAAGGCAGUGAUUAGGUUUAGUUGGCUUGCUGUUUGACUGGAGCGGCUCAUUGAAAUCAACUGUGAGUAGGAUCAUUAUAUUCAUUACGCUGUUUAAUGGUUAGAUUAAUGCUGACUGAUUCCCAUAUCAGGGCUGAUCACAAUCCUUACAUUAAUACAGGAUAUGAGCUGAGAAGGUACUGUACAUAAACCCUGCUCUUGUUCAGACCUACAUUUCAUCUUGCAAAAUAGAAUUGAUCACAUUGUGGCUGUGUGUGUGGAUGUGUGUUAUCAGAAAGAAGUGGGUUAAGAUCCCUAAACCAAUGAAGCCAUUGUUCCCUGUUUCCGUCUAUGUAAAGUGACACACCACACACACUCUUGCUUUACAAUUAUGGCGGUCGUUAUGUAGUGUUGUUCCGUUGUAGACUAAAAAGAGAUGUGCGUAGUGUACGUGACCACGAUGAGGAUGAGGGGCGUUAGUUAGUUUAGCUUAACACAACUGGAACGGGACACCCGGAUUCAGGACUGGAAACACAGCUUGGAUAGAUCCCGCUGACACAGCACUUUGGAAUGCCGGGAUGAGUGGGUAUUCUGGCUCUGAAUAUUUUGUCCCCCUGUGGGAAAAUCGUCCCUCAAGAUAAACAAUAAAGUGACUGACUGAGUUCAGAGUGUUUUUAAAUCUUAUUACCCACUACUGCAGGGGUGUGGAACACAUGUUGCCCUGGGGGGCGCGUUUGGUCUUAAACGAGGUCCAGAGGGCCUCACUGAUCAUUUGUUAUAAUUCCUUGCCAUCAAAAUUAGCAAAAAAUUGUCCUCCUAUCCAUAGUUUUUAGAAUUUCCGAUGCUCCUUUACUGUCUAGUGAUUAUUAGCAAGCUGGACAGUCAAGACAUUUUAUGAAUACAGGUCCAUUAUCAUUUCUACACAGUUUCAGUUUGGUUUGAGUCAUUUUAAAGUAUCUAGAUAUAUAUAUAUAUAUAUUUAUUUUUUUACUCAAACCACUUGCGGGCCGGAUUGGACCCCCUGGGCCGUAUGUUUGACACCCCUGCACUACUCACUCCCAAAACCUUCCUAAUAGAUAGUAAAACAGGUAGCCAUGAUGGACUGGUGUGUGUUCUCUCACUGUCAUUCUAUCCAAUUAAAUUUAGCUCAAUGGAAAUUCAAUCAAACAUAAUGUUCCGUAAACAGGAAACCAGGUUACCCAAUCAUUAUUCCAGAAUGAACUAGAUGUUCUAGACCACGUGUCAAACUCAUUCCACGGAGGGCCGAGUGUCUGUGGGUUUUCUCUCCUCCCUUGUACUUGAUUGAUGAAUUAAGGUCACUAAUUAGUAAAGAACUCCCCUCACCUGGUUGUCUAGGUCUUAAUUGAAUGGAAAAAACUAAAACCCGCAGACACUAGGCCCUCCAUGGAAUGAGUUUGACACCCCUGUAUCUAGAGAGACUGCCUGGUCAGUUUUGUUUUGAUGUUCUAGGAUCUCCCCACAUCGUGAUUUUCUAUUUCUCUGGACAGUGAUGUCAUAAUGUUCUCCUAAUGCAGGUGUCCUCUUGUCCCCAUGCAGGAGCGUCCUCUCCGGCUCGACCUGCUACACCGUCAGCUUCAUCAGCUGUUGUCAGCAGCCCCACCCCGCCCCCACCUCCACCACGCCCUUCCUCACGACCCAAACUGCCUCCUGGGAAACCUAGCAUGGGGGACGUGGUACGUGAUGAUAUCUUUGUUUACACUUGACUUACUAUACACAGUAACAACAACCUACUUGCACAGUAACAACUCUACUUAUAUAAAAUAAAAAAAUGCGGUACGUGAUACAGUAAUAAAAACCUCAAACCUCCUCAAGCAGCACACUCCUCGUAAACAACACCUUUUUAUACUUUAUGGUACUUCCAUAAUUGACCUGUAGUAGAUAUUUGACCGUUAGUUUCAAGUGUUUGUUUCACGUUUAGCCUCCCCAAAAUGGAUGCUGAACUGUGAGGACGAUUGAACAUUAAAUGACUGAUAAUUAAAUCAUAUCACUAAUAGGAUCUCUAACAUGAAAACAUCUGUUAUAUUUUUCCUCUGUCUCUCUGUCCCAAUGCAGAGCCGGCCCUUUAGCCCCCCGGUCAGUCAUUCGUCCAGCCCCCCUCCCAUCGCCCCACUGGCUCGGGCCGAGAGCACUUCCUCUAUCUCCUCCAACAACUCCUUGAGUGCAGCCACCACCCCCACCGUCGGUAAAGAUCUCACUGUGUCUGUGUCAGGUGUGUGUGCCCCGUCAUCUCUCUCACCACUACCUGUGCUACUGUACCUGUGCUACUGUUACAGUACCUGUGCUGUUACCUGUGUUGACGGAUUGCUUUGGUCAAUCUCUGUGCUGCCGCUGAGAUGGCGGCAUCCAUCGGCAGCUGCUGUUUUUCUGUGACUCUCAACUCUGUCUCUCAAUAAAUCCUGAUGCACUCCUCCAGCGAAUGCUUGAGUUACAGUGUUCACUCAGUGUAAUGUAUUUACAUUUACUCAGUGUAUUCACUCAAUGUACACUGUAUAUCUGUGAAUGCGGUAAGGAUUUUAAAGACUACAACAUGCCUAAUAAUUCGUAAUGGAAUGGUUAAAUAUACUGUAACCAUUCACUCAGCUAGGGGAAAAGGUUAUUGUCUGAAGAGCCUACAGUAUAUUACAACAUAAUACAGUUAGUCAUAAAGACACAUAUGGGAUUAAUCCCAGAGAGUGACAUUUUAAAUCAUCACUUAAAUGAAGCAUGAUGUGGUAAAUGUUUGCUGGGUAUUUACUGUUUUGUUAGAUACACAAUGCAUUCGUCAUAUCUUCUUUAGAUUUAUGAGGAGGACAGUAGAAAGUAACAAGAGAAUAUGAUUUGCAGCGUAAGGAGACUUGGAGCAGAGAGCCCACAUUUGAAAUGCUGAUCAUGCCUUGUGUGUUUCUCAUCCCAUGAGAUUUUUGUAUUUGAGUUUUUUUUCUUCACAUUUUUCACCCAUCCCAUAAUGUUUCCGUUCACAACGUGUCCUCCUUACUGUGACACUGUCCGUUUUUCUAUCACCAUUAUUUCUAACAGGGUUUUUUCUUUGUUUUGAUUUGCAUUUGUCCUUUUUUCUUUUGGGCUAUCGCUUGUUGUGAUGUCAGAAGAUGAUGCUUUUGUAGACAAACUGCCCAUGUUUGGGAGGCCCUUUGAUUCCCUGGCAGGUACAGUAUAGUAUGGAUGGAGGGAGGCUAUCUGAGAGGGUGGGGGUUAGGACCUAGGAGGGAGGAAUGUUCCACGUUCCACCCAAGCUUUGAUGACUGUCUGAUGUCAUAGGUCAUCCAUCCAUGAGAAUUUUCUUGCUUUGUUUGUCUGUUUGUUUUUGUCAAUCCAUCUCAGAGUUGAUGGCAGCUAUCAUAUGAGGGGAGUACAUUUGAGAUAUUGGAGUAUGCCACAGAUUUCGUUUUCACUUUGAUAAAUGGUGAAACACCUCGCUCUCUCCAUCUCUCACACACACUCUCACACAAAAGCAGUGUUGAAUGAAAAGCAUCCCAAUGAUAAUUUGUUCAGAAAGCUGAAAUGCCGUGCAUCUGCCAUUCAUCAUCCCGCACCUACAAGGUUCUUUUUUGUGUUUUUUUAUGACUGUACAUGCUUUGCUGCCCACAUCACCACGGCAACGUCCAUUUUUGUGUGAUAGUUACUGUGUGUGGAGUGCACUGUGUUUUCGAGCAUGCUGUUACUCUGCAGUCUGCGGUGCUGUGUGUGUAUAUGUGUGUGUUCCUGUGUGUAAAGAAUGUAGCCUGUCUGAAGAGCUUCUGUGGCAUCUGUGGGCACUCUAGAUCCACACACACUCACACUCACUCCCUCUGUGAUAGAGACAGAGCCUAGCUGCUUUUGAAGUCUGGCAGGAGAAUUGGCCUGAGUGUUUCCAAUUGGUUGGUAUUCAUCGCACCACCCUCUCCUCACCACUCAGAUCAUCACAGACAGACAGGCAGGCAGCCAGUGAAAGAGCUCUCCAGUGCCCACCUCCCAACCUCUCACCCUGAUCCCCAUCCACCUCCCUCCCCCUGUACCAGACUUCCCCUUAUCCUCUGCCCUCUCACCCUCUCACUCCACCCAUGGGAAGGUGUUUCUCCACUACACUACACUCCACUACUCUAACCAUGCACCCCCAUCAGAACACCUGCCCACUAUUCACCAUUCACCUCCACACCAUCCAUCCAUUCACUGCAUCCCAAGGUCCCCACCACCCCCUCAGCAGUCACACCUAAACAGUGAGCCCACCAACCCCCUCCAGCACCCCUGGUUUUACCCUCAUCACUUCCCCCUGGUGUACGUCAUCAGGUCCAACAGCCAGAGUCCAUCUAUUCUGAAAGACGAUGGCCGGUGUGAUACGUAAAACAGUCUACUAUUGGCAUGUGAUGUAAAAGUAUUAAUGUAAUGAUAAUGGUAAUGAAGGUUUUCUAUAGCAGUGUGUAGAUGAAUAUUGUAUGUGCAGUAUGAACGAUCUGCCAGGUAUCAUUCCCAAUCAGUCCUCUCCAGGCUUGGCUUGUUCUCACCAUGCUCCUAGACAUCCACCACCACCAUCCACCAAGAGAUACCUUAUUUCAUCUGGUCCAGCCCCCUCCCACACACACGUACCCGUUUCACACUACUGAUCUGAGCCAAGCUGUACAGAGCUUAUCUGACCUGGCUAUGGAUCCUUUGCUGCCUGGAACCAUGCUGGAAAGGACAAUGUGGAAAGAGAUUAUCAGAGCCAGAACAAUACGGUUCAGGUCAGCACAAUAGUGUGAAAACUCAUAGGCAGCCUACACAAAGACAUACACACACCAUUUGGUGUCCUGUUCUGUGCUGGCAGUGUUUUGGCUUGCUGUGCCAUGCCCCUCUGUACCCCACCUCACCUUACUGUGACUUGUGAUAGACCUGCCAUGUGACUCACGCUACUGUCCUUCUCUCUCCCUCCCCCUCUCACCCACCCACCCACCCACCCUCCCUUCCUCCUCUCCCUCCUCCCUCCUCCCUCCCCCCACCACAGAGAAUGACCAGCCUUCCCUGGUUUGGUUUGACAGAGGAAAGUUUUAUUUAACCUUUGAAGGUAAGUUGUGUCUGCACAACAGCUAACUGUAGUGUGCACACUCACCCGACCCGACACGGGCCUCAUCUGUGCAAGCUUUUCCUCCCCCCUCCUCCUCCCUCCUCUCACCCCUCCAUCCCAUGGCCCAACACUCACUGCCUCCAAGCUAACUCCUGAGCCUCUCUACAUGCAGCCCCCUUAUCAUCUUUCUCACUCAUCUUCCUCCUCGCGUCGUCAUUCGUUCUCAUUUCACAUGCGGUGGCCGCAAGUCUGUCAUUUCCUUAAAGAUCCUCAUUCUUCAGGUACUCUACUAAUCUCUGUUUGUGUUGUCUUCUUUUUGUGUAGACUCACUUCUCUUUGUUCUUUUGGGUUUUGGUUUUGGUCUUUGAUCUUGUCACAAGGAUUCAUCAUCAACAGCAUGUCUGGAAUAUGCAUGAACUCGCUCUCUCUUUCUCUCCUUUUCAUAUAUCUUACUUUCUGUCUUUUCAGUGCGUUUCAGUGUUUCUGAAUCACAAUGAAACUGGCCUUUUACAUAGUACAUCAAAUAUUUAAUUCACAAGCAAGGCAAUGAGAUGAUAGACAGUACAAGUCAAAAGAUUGGACACAACUACUCAUUCAAUGGUUUUUUCUUUAUUUUUACUAUUUUCUACAUUGUAGAAUAAUAGUGAAGACAUCAAAACUAUGAAAUAACACAUAUGGAAUCAUGUAGUAACCAAAAAAGUGUAAAUUAGAGUAGAUUUUAGAUUAUUCAAAGUAGCCACCCUUUGCCUUGAUGACAGCUUGGCAUUCUCUCAACCAGCUUCAUGAGGAAAGCUUUUCCAACAGUCUUGAAGGAGUUCCCACAUAUGCUGAGCACUUGUUGGCUGCUUUUCCUUCACUCUGCCGUCCAACUCAUCCCAAACCAGCUCAAUUGGGUUGAGGUCGGGUGAUUGUGGAGGCCAGGUCAUCUGAUGCAGCGCUCCAUCACUCUCCUUGGUCAAAUAGCCCUUGCACAGCCUGGAGGUGUGUUUUGGGUCAUUGUCCUGUUGAAAAACAAAUGAUAGUCCCAAUAAGCGCAAACCAGAUGGGAUGGCGUAUCGUUGCAGAAUGCUAUAUUUGAGAUUCUUCAAAGUAGCCAUCCUUUGCCAUGAUGACAGCUUUGCACACUCUUGGCAUUCUCUCAACCAGCUUAAUGAGGUAGUCACCUGGAAUGCAUUUCAAUUAACAGGUGUAUCUUCUUAAAAGUUAAUUUGUGGAAUUUAUUUCCUUCUUAAUGCGUUUGAGCCAAUCAGUUGUGUUGUGACAAGGUAGGGUUGGUAUACAGAAGAUAGCCCUAUUUAGUAAAAUACCAUAUUAUGGCAAGAACAGCUCAAAUAGGCAAAGAGAAAUGACAGUCCAUCAUUACUUUAAGACAUGAAGGUCAGUCAAUCCGGAAAAUGUCAAGAACUUCUUCAAGUGCAGUCGCAAAAACCAUCAAGCGCUAUGAUGAAACUGGCUCUCAUGAGGACCGCCACAGGAAAGGAAGACCCAGAGUUACCUCUGCUGCAGAGGAUAAGUUCAUUAGAGUUACCAGCCUCAGAAAUUGCAGGCCAAAUAAAUGCUUCACAGAGUUCAAGUAACAGACAAAUCUCAACAUCAACUGUUCAGAGGAGACUGCGUGAAUCAGGCCUUCAUGUUCAAAUUGCUGCAAAGAAACCACUACUAAAGGACACAAAUAAGAAGAAGAUACUAGCUUGGGCCAAGAAACACGAGGAAUGGACAUUAGACCGGUGGAAAUCUGUCCUCUGGUCUGAUGAGUCCAAAUUUGAGAUUUUUGGUUCCAACCGUUGUGUCUUUGUGAGACGCAGAGUAGGUGAAUGGAUGAUCUCCGCAUGUGUGGUUCCCACCGUGAAGCAUGGAGGAGGAGGUGUGGGGCUGCUUUGCUGGUGACACUGUCUGUGAUUUAUUUAGAAUUCAAGGCACACUUAACCAGCAUGGUUACCACAUCAUUCUGCAGCGAUACGUCAUCCCAUCUGGUUUGUGCUUAGUGGGACUAUCAUUUGUUUUUUAACAGGACAAUGACCCAACACACCUCCAGGGUGUGUAAGGACUAUUUUACCAUGAAGGAGAGUGCUGCAUCAGAUGACCUGGCCUCCACAAUCACCCGACCUCAACCCAAUUGAGAUGGUUUGGGAUGAGGUGUAUAUGUGGUAACUCCUUCAAAACUGUUGGAAAAUCAUUACAGGUGAAGCUAGAGAGAAUGCCAAGAGUGUGCAAAGCUGUCAUCAAGGCAAAGGGUGGCUACUUUGAGGAAUAUAAAAUAUAAAAUACAUUUUGAUUUGUUGAACACGUUUUUGGUUACUACAUGAUUCCAUAUGUGUUAUUUCAUAGUUUUGAUGUCUUCACUAUUAUUUUACAAUGUAGAAAAUAGUAAAAAUAAAGAAAAACCCUUGAAUGAUUAGGUGUGUCCAAUCUUUUGACUGGUACUGUAGAUGCCAAACCGACCCAUCAUACACAGGUAUUGGUUCUCAUUUUGAUCGUUUUAAUCACAGUGGUUCUCUCACACACUCUUUGGUUCUCCAUCUUCAUCCAUACACUGCUGCUGAGAUAGUUAGUAAACAGGAAAUAGGGUGUUCUACAGGAAAUGGGAGGAGUCUUAUGGAUAGAGAUGUAGCGGAGCAGCUAGGAGAGGGUUGAGAGAAGAGUAGCUUUGUUGGUUUGUGAGAACUAUAGACGUGGGUUGUGUUUAAUGCUGAUAGUCUCUCUCUUUCUGCUUCUCAUACUGUCUCCCUCUGGUCUAUUUUCAGUCUGUUUCUCUGAGUCUCUCUAUCUGCCUGUCUGCCUCUCUCUCUCUCUCUCUCUCUCCUCUCUCUCUCUCUCUCUCUCUCUCUCUCGCUCUCCUUCCUCCUCUCUCUCUUUAUUGCUAUUAAACAUGUGUGUGUGCUGAUUUAAACAGGCUGCUCCAGGGGCCCCAGCCCUCUCACCAUGGGGGCACAGGACACCCUUCCGGUGGCGGCAGCUUUUACUGAGACAGUCAAUGCCUUCUUCAAAGGAGCCGACCCCAACAAGUAGGUCCACUCAGAUACCUCUUGAUAAGAGAGAUGUCUGUCAAUGUAUGUAUUGCUCUUUUGCUCUCUCUCUCUUUCUUUCUUUCUCUCUUUCUCUUUUGUCCUCCCUUUAUAUUAUCUCUGUCCCCUUCGCUCUCUUUCUCUCUUUCUCUCUGUCUUUUUUUCUUUUACCCUUUCUAUAUCUCCCUGCUCCCUGCUUCAUGUCCCACUCUCUCCCCUUCUGGACAUUCUAACCUCCUCCUCCCCUGUCCCUGUCUAAAGGUGUGUUGUGAAGAUCACAGGUGAGAUGGUGCUGUCGUUUCCAGCGGGGAUCACUCGGCACUUUGCCAAUAACCCGUCCCCUGCCGUGCUAACCUUCAGCAUAACCAACUACAGCCGGCUGGAGCAUGUGCUGCCUAACCCCCAGCUACUCUGCUGGUAAAGGCCCACUGUAACACCCCCUCAAUAUACUGGAACCCUCACAACAUCAUACACUGGAGUGUUCAUAAUAUUACAUCACACUGUACCUUUAACAUACUAUACCAAAACAUUAUGCUGGUAAACACCACUGUUACUUCCCUCACAUCAUACCACUCACAACAUCAUGUGGCACUGUAGCAUUUAUAACAUGUCACAUUGAGCACGUGAAAUCAUACUGUACCAAAACAAUACACCCAAGUCCAUUUCUGACUGGGCUCUGAGUCACUGUGAAUUCAUCCCAGUGGUUUGACUAACCACCUCAUUCCAAGGUUAUUCUGCACUCUCACACAUACAAGGCAUCACAGUUGUUUUUGUGUAGCACGAGUAUCUGUUUGCAAUCGCCGCGCCGCAGCAGUCCUCUCUGUAGUAGAUACAGAUAUAACUCGUACUCUGUUGUGUCUCUGUGUUGAAUAACGUUUAGAUGGAUCAAUCAUUAGAUAAUAUGAUCAAAUACAUAUCGUCUUCUAUUAUUGCCCACAUAGUGACACCGCCACAACACCCAACCCUGACUCCAAGAACUUCUGGGUGAACAUGCCAAACCUGAUGACCCAUCUAAAGAAGGUGGCUGAGCAGAAACCCCAUGCCACUUACUACAAUGUGGACAUGCUCAAGUACCAGGUCAGCGACUCUUAUACUAGAUUAUGCACAGUUCCCUACAAACGUCUGUGUCAUUGAUUCAUCUCUAUGGUUGUUAUGUGUGCAGGUAUCAGCGCAGGGCCUCAUUUCAACACCCCUGAACCUGGCAGCCAGUUGGCGAUGUGCACCCACCAGCACGGACCUCCGAAUAGACUACAAAUACAAUGGCAACGCCAUGACAACACCCGUGGCGCUCAACAACGUCCAGUUCCUGAUCCCCGUGGACGGAGGGGUCACCAAGCUACAGGCCGUGCUUCCCACCGCCGCAUGGUAAGACAGAGGAGUAUACUGUAUGUCCGAACCAUAUACAAUGCGUUUCUGUUGAAUUUAAUUGAAUUUAUUUGAUAAGUAAAAGUAGAAGGCUGCACCUGCCGGAGACAACCCAUGGCUCUAUGGCUCAGCCCUGUGCUGAAGAAGGCAAUUUUGCGAGUUUGAAAAAGCCAGUUUCCCAAACCCAGAUUAAGCCUAUUCCUGGCUUUUAAAGAGUAACAGAUUACGUUUGAUUCUGUUCUUCCAGGAACGCAGAGCAGCAGAGAAUCCUGUGGAAGAUUCCCGAUAUUUCCCAGAAAUCUGAAAAUGGAGGUAAAUAACCUUGUUUACACCAAAGCCCAGGAGAAAUCACUAAUAAUAUCAUACACUGAGUGUACAAAACAUUAGGAACACCUGCUCUUUCCAUGACAGACUGACCAGGUGAAAGCUGUGAUCCGUUAUUGAUGUCACUUGUUAAAACCACUUCAAUCAGUGUAGAUGAAGGGGAGGAGACAGGUUAAAGAAGGAUUUUUAAGCCUUGAGACAAUUGAGACAUGGAUUGUGAAUGUGUGCCAUUCAGAGUGUGAAUGGGCAAGACCAAAGAUUGAUGUGCCUUUGAACGGGGUAUGGUAGUAGGUGCCAGGCACACCGGUUUGAGUGUGUCAAGAACAGUUUCCCGUGUGUAUCAAGAAUGGUCCACCAUCCAAAGGACAUCCGGCCAACUUGACACAACUGUGGGAAGCAUUGGAGUCAACAUAGGCCAGCAUCCCUGUGGAAUGCUUUUGACACCUUGUAGAGUCCAUGCCCUGACAAAUUGAGGCUGUUCUGAGGGCAAAAGAGGGUGCAACUCAAUAUUAGGAAGGUGUUCCUAAUGUUUUGUACACAGUGUAUUAUCCUUGUUUCCACUAAUGUACUAAUCUAAAAUAAUCAGUGGCAUCACGUCAUGCCAAUAACAGGCUCUAAUGUUUACUAUCUUAGCUUGGCUUUGCAUGACUAACUUUAUUUGGGGUGUAUGUUCAGGUAUUAAAAUCUUUAAGAGCAGAAAGCAAAUUACACCAUGACAUUUGGGGGGCGUGCAAUUUUUAAAAAUGGAACUAAUAAUAAAGACAUCAUUUAAACGGUAAGAAUGAAUUAUCUUUUAAUGUGGCAUGAACACAACCAGUCAUGAUAUUUUCAUCUGAUUGUCAAACAAAUCACUUCAAAAAGUAGGCUACCUGUGCAUGUUCGUCCACUCCAAAAUAAUUCCAGCAUCCAAACUGCAUGUAUACUCGCGUCAUUUGAUGAAUGGAAAUAGACAUUUGUUACAAAACACCAAAAAGUGUUCCUAAUGACAUUCAGCGAUGCGUCUUGCUGACAAAUUGUACUUUUUUGUAGCCUGAACAGUCGGGACACCUGAAAUGGUGUUGAAACUGCCCCGGGAAAAACAGGAUUGUCACCCUAACACACCUAGUCAACUUACUAGACUAGGCUACAAUAUGUAUUACCAUGAAGUUCAAAUAGGCCUACCGGUAGCCAGUGGUGUAGUGGUAAAACAAUAGGUGGGUAAACUCUGAUUACCGAUCGUGGUGAAAAGAUGGUUACACUGCAUUUAGUUGUUUACCCUCCACUAGGCCUAUACCACAGACAGUAGUCUACCCUCUCAGCCGAGGAAAUUUUACACACAUGAACACACGCAGAACAGGUAGCCUACAUUCAAUAUAAUACAUGAGUUGAAUCAGAACAUGUUUUAGAGCAGGUAGCUUAGUGGUUAAGAGCGUUGUGCCAGUAACCGAAAGGUCGCUGGUUCUAAUCCCCGAGCCGACUAGGUGAAAAAAUCUGUCGAUGUGCCCUUGAGCAAGGCACUUAACCCUAAUUGCUCUUGUAAGUCGCUCUGGAUAAGAGCGUCUGCUAAAUGACCAAUUAUUAUUAUUAUUAUAAUUAUUAUUCUCAGAUCAUGUGACAUAAAACACUACCUUUCUUUCCUUACAUUAAUGACAUUUAUGACAGUGUUAUUUCUCAUUGUUAAGCAUUUUACAAUUGCAUUAGAACAUAUAACUUAAACCCUGUAUGAAUCAUGGAUCUUGGAGAUUUCAGAAAAUCCACUGUUAGUGUAACUAUGCCUACGUAACAUUUCAUUGUGUUUCGCCGUGAAAACAGUUCUCAUGGGCACACAUAUCAAAUAUAAUGUAGGCCUACGCCAUUGAAAAAUGGAAUACUUCUAACCAAACGUUAAACUCUUCUAACUGAAGGAGUCACCUUAUAGGCCUACUUCAGGGUUUCCUAAACUCGGUCCUCGGGACCCCACGGGGUGAACAUUUUGCUUUUUGCCCUAACAGUACACAGCUGAUUUAAAUUAUCAAAGCUCAAUGAUUAGUUGAUUAUUUGAAUCAGUUAUGUAGUGCUAGGGCAAAAACCAAAACGUGCACCCAUUGGGUUCCCGAGAACAGAGUUUAGGAAACCCUGGCCUACUUGUUGGAUGGAUUGGAUGUGCAUUGGUGUCUAGCUGUAGGUUAGUUGUCUAGUGACAUUGGUGACCAUUAUCAGCUGAUCCAGGAAAGAAAACAAACAUUGAUAGAAAAUAAUAAAGCUAAAUAAAUGGUCUACUUCUGGCCAGGGGAGCUGAGCCUCCCCUGGCUCUCCCGUAAUUUGCACCUUGCUUAAGAGUCUAUUGACGCACCUAUGUGUCAAUCUAAGUAACAUAAAACACAAAUCCCCAUCAAAAUCCAUCAGUUUAAGCUAGAGAUAUCUGCGGUGGAAGGUGGCCGAAUCGGUCUUCUCGUUGAAAACGUCUGUAGCGUCCGAACCGUUUUGGGCUAGAAACGAUGAACACGAUGGUGUUCUCCGUUUUGCUUUACGACCCCCACAAGUGUCACAGGACUCGUCUGAAGGUAACCCAUACAAAUGAAUGGAAGUAUGGAGCUAGUUUUGUGCCAACAAAAAUAAGGGGUUAAAUAUGUGUCCAAAAAAACAACAAUAUCUUUAUUAUAUCUCCUAGAUAUAGGACAGACACUUCAAAACCUUAUUCCUUAUGACUUAUUAUUUAGCUGUCCUUUGUGUUUCUAUGGGCUAUAGUAGUAAAGGCCAAAUACAAUAUUUGAUCAAAUAUUUAUAUACAGUGGGGGAAAAAAGUAUUUAGUCAGCCACCAAUUGUGCAAGUUCUCCCACUUAAAAAGAUGAGAGAGGCCUGUAAUUUUCAUCAUAGGUACACGUCAACUAUGACAGACAAAUUGAGAUGUUUUUUUCCUGAAAAUCACAUUGUAGGAUUUUUAAUGAAUUUAUUUGCAAAUUAUGGUGGAAAAUAAGUAUUUGGUCACCUACAAACAAGCAAGGUUUCUGGCUCUCACAGACCUGUAACUUCUUCUUUAAGAGGCUCCUCUGUCCUCCACUCGUUACCUGUAUUAAUGGCACCUGUUUGAACUUGUUAUCAGUAUAAAAGACACCUGUCCACAACCUCAAACAGUCACACUCCAAACUCCACUAUGGCCAAGACCAAAGAGCUGUCAAUGGACACCAGAAACAAAAUUGUAGACCUGCACCAGGCUGGGAAGACUGAAUCUGCAAUAGGUAAGCAGCUUGGUUAGAAGAAAUCAACUGUGGGAGCAAUUAUUAGGAAAUAGAAGACAUACAAGACCACUGAUAAUCUCCCUCGAUCUGGGGCUCCACGCAAGAUCUCACCACGUGGGGUCAAAAUGAUCACAAGAACGGUGAGCAAAAAUCCCAGAACCACACGGGGGGACCUAGUGAAUGACCUGCAGAGAGCUGGGACCAAAGUAACAAAGCCUACCAUCAGUAACACACUACGCCGCCAGGGACUCAAAUGCUGCAGUGCCAGACGUGUCCCCCUGCUUAAGCCAGUACAUGUCCAGGCCCAUCUGAAGUUUGCUAGAGUGCAUUUGGAUGAUCCAGAAGAGGAUUGGGAGAAUGUCAUAUGGUCAGAUGAAACCAAAAUAUAACUUUUUGGUAAAAACUCAACUCGUCGUGUUUGGAGGACAGAGAAUGCUGAGUUGCAUCCAAAGAACACCAUACCUACUGUGAAGCAUGGGGGUGGAAACAUCAUGCUUUGGGGCUGUUUUUCUGCAAAGAGACCAGGACGACUGAUCCGUGUAAAGGAAAGAAUGAAUGGGGCCAUGUAUCAUGAGAUUUUGAGUGAAAACCUCCUUCCAUCAGCAAGGGCAUUGAAGAUGAAACGUGGCUGGGUUCUUUCAGCAUGACAAUGAUCCCAAACACAACCGCCCGGGCAACGAAGGAGUGGCUUCGUAAGAAGCAUUUCAAGGUCCUGGAGUGGCCUAGCCAGUCUCCAGAUCUCAACCCCAUAGAAAAUCUUUGGAGGGAGUUGAAAGUCUGUGUUGCCCAGCGACAGCCCCAAAACAUCACUGCUCUAGAGGAGAUCUGCAUGGAGGAAUGGGCCAAAAUACCAGCAACAGUGUGUGAAAACCUUGUGAAGACUUACAGAAAACGUUUGACCUGUGUCAUUGCCAACAAAGGGUAUAUAACAAAGUAUUGAGAAACUUUUGUUAUUGACCAAAUACUUAUUUUCCACCAUAAUUUGCAAAUAAAUUCAUAAAAAAUCCUACAAUGUGAUUUUCUGGAAUUUGCUUUCUCAUUUUGUCUGUCAUAGUUGACGUGUACCUAUGAUGAAAAUGACAGGCCUCUCUCAUCUUUUUAAGUGGGAGAACUUGCACAAUUGGUGGCUGACUAAAUACUUUUUCCCCCACUGUAUACAGCUCUGGAAAAAAUUAAGAGACCACUGCAAAAAUAUAGGUUUCUCUGGUUUUACUAUUUAUAGGUAUGUGUUUGGGUGAAAUUAACAUUUUUGUUUUAUUCUAUAAACUACUGACAACAUUUGUCCCAAAUUCCAAAUAACAAUAUUGUCAUUUAGAGCAUUUAUUUGCAGAAAAUGACAACUGGUCAAAAUAACAAAAAAUAUGCAGUGUUGUCAGACCUCGAAUAAUGCAAUAAAUAAGUUCAUGUUCAUUUUAAACAACACAAUAGUAAUGUUUUAACUUAAGAAGAGUUCAGAAAUCAAUAUUUGUGGAAAACCCUGAUUUUCAAUCACAGCUUUUAUGCGUCUUGGCUGCUUCCCCCCGCUUUACCUUGAUGUUGGGUGACUUUUUGCCACUCCGGGGCAAAAACCCCGCAGCUGGCUUUGUUGAGCUUGGACCAUCCUCUUCCUCUUGAUCACAUUCCAAAGUUUUCAAUUGGGUUCAGGCUGGAGAUGGGCUGGCCAUGACAGGGUCUGAUUUUUUGGCCCCCUCCAAACAAUCAAACAAACAAUUUUAUUUUAUAUAGCCCCCCUUACAUCAGCUAAUAUCUCAAGUGCUGUACAAAAAACCCAGCCAAAAACCCCAAAACUAGUAUGCAGGUUUUUAGAAGACGGGGUAGGAAAAAAAAAACCCUAAAAAAAAAAAAAGGGAAAAAUACUGAGUGGACAACGCUGCCACAUAUAAAUAAAUGGUUUGAACCAUGACGUAGAGGUGGGGCUGUUCGAUUCAUUUGGAAGCUUUUAUUUUCAUAUUUACCAUUGUAAAACAUAUUUACCAGUACAUUUUUAACAAAUAGGAGAAUGCAUUUAGGGGAGCUAAUGUCUCAUUCAGGGGAGCUGAGCCUCCCCUGGCUCUCCCGUAAUUUGCAACUUGCUUAAGAGUCUAUUGACGCACCUAUGUGUCAAUCUAAGUAACAUAAAACACAAAUCCCCAUCAAAAUCCAUCAGUUUAAGCUAGAGAUAUCUGCGGUGGAAGGUGGCCGAAUCGGUCUUCUCGUGAAAACGUCUGUAGCGUCCGAACCGUUUGGGCUAGAAACGAUGAACACGAUGGUGUUCUCCGUUUUGCUUUACGACCCCCACAAGUGUCACAGGACUCGUCUGAAGGUAACCCAUACAAAUGAAUGGAAGUAUGGAGCUAGUUUUGUGCCAACAAAAAUAAGGGGUUAAAUAUGUGUCCAAAAAAACAACAAUAUCUUUAUUAUAUCUCCUAGAUAUAGGACAGACACUUCAAAACCUUAUUCCUUAUGACUUAUUAUUUAGCUGUCCUUUGUGUUUCUAUGGGCUAUAGUAGUAAAGGCCAAAUACAAUAUUUGAUCACAAUAUUUAUAUACAGUGGGGGAAAAAAGUAUUUAGUCAGCCACCAAUUGUGCCAAGUUCUCCCACUUAAAAAGAUGAGAGAGGCCUGUAAUUUUCAUAAUAGGUACACGUCAACUAUGACAGACAAAUUGAGAUGUUUUUUUUCCUGAAAAUCAACAUUGUAGGAUUUUAAUGAAUUUAUUUGCAAAUUAUGGUGGAAAAUAAGUAUUUGGUCACCUACAAACAAGCAAGGUUUCUGGCUCUCACAGACCUGUAACUUCUUCUUUAAGAGGCUCCUCUGUCCUCCACUCGUUACCUGUAUUAAUGGCACCUGUUUGAAACUUGUUAUCAGUAUAAAAGACACCUGUCCACAACCUCAAAACAGUCACACUCCAAACAUCCACUAUGGCCAAGACCAAAGAGCUGUCAAUGGGACACCAGAAACAAAAUUGUAGACCUGCACCAGGCUGGGAAGACUGAAUCUGCAAUAGGUAAGCAGCUUGGUUAGAAGAAAUCAACUGUGGGAGCAAUUAUUAGGAAAUAGAAGACAUACAAGACCACUGAUAAUCUCCCUCGAUCUGGGGCUCCACGCAAGAUCUCACCCCGUGGGGUCAAAAUGAUCACAAGAACGGUGAGCAAAAAUCCCAGAACCACACGGGGGGACCUAGUGAAUGACCUGCAGAGAGCUGGGACCAAAGUAACAAAGCCUACCAUCAGUAACACACUACGCCGCCAGGGACUCAAAUGCUGCAGUCCCAGACGUGUCCCCCUGCUUAAGCCAGUACAUGUCCAGGCCCAUCUGACGUUUGCUAGAGUGCAUUUGGAUGAUCCAGAAGAGGAUUGGGAGAAUGUCAUAUGGUCAGAUGAAACCAAAAUAGAACUUUUUGGUAAAAACUCAACUCGUCGUGUUUGGAGGACAGAGAAUGCUGAGUUGCAUCCAAAGAACACCAUACCUACUGUGAAGCAUGGGGGUGGAAACAUCAUGCUUUGGGGCUGUUUUUCUGCAAAGAGACCAGGACGACUGAUCCGUGUAAAGGAAAGAAUGAAUGGGGCCAUGUAUCAUGAGAUUUUGAGUGAAAACCUCCUUCCAUCAGCAAGGGCAUUGAAGAUGAAACGUGGCUGGGUCUUUCAGCAUGACAAUGAUCCCAAACACACCGCCCGGGCAACGAAGGAGUGGCUUCGUAAGAAGCAUUUCAAGGUCCUGGAGUGGCCUAGCCAGUCUCCAGAUCUCAACCCCAUAGAAAAUCUUUGGAGGGAGUUGAAAGUCUGUGUUGCCCAGCGACAGCCCCAAAACAUCACUGCUCUAGAGGAGAUCUGCAUGGAGGAAUGGGCCAAAAUACCAGCAACAGUGUGUGAAAACCUUGUGAAGACUUACAGAAAACGUUUGACCUGUGUCAUUGCCAACAAAGGGUAUAUAACAAAGUAUUGAGAAACUUUUGUUAUUGACCAAAUACUUAUUUUCCACCAUAAUUUGCAAAUAAAUUCAUAAAAAAUCCUACAAUGUGAUUUUCUGGAAUUUCCUUUCUCAUUUUGUCUGUCAUAGUUGACGUGUACCUAUGAUGAAAAUGACAGGCCUCUCUCAUCUUUUUAAGUGGGAGAACUUGCACAAUUGGUGGCUGACUAAAUACCUUUUCCCCCACUGUAUACAGCUCUGAAAAAAAUUAAGAGACCACUGCAAAAAUAUAGGUUUCUCUGGUUUUACUAUUUAUAGGUAUGUGUUUGGGUGAAAUUAACAUUUUUGUUUUAUUCUAUAAACUACUGACAACAUUUGUCCCAAAUUCCAAAUAACAAUAUUGUCAUUAAGAGCAUUUAUUUGCAGAAAAUGACAACUGGUCAAAAUAACAAAAAAGAUGCAGUGUUGUCAGACCUCGAAUAAUGCAAAUAAAAUAAGUUCAUGUUCAUUUUAAAAAAAUUAAGAGACCACUGCAAAAAUAUAGGUUUCUCUGGUUUUACUAUUUAUAGGUAUGUGUUUGGGUGAAAUUAACAUUUUUGUUUUAUUCUAUAAACUACUGACAACAUUUGUCCCAAAUUCCAAAUAACAAUAUUGUCAUAAAGAGCAUUUAUUUGCAGAAAAUGACAACUGGUCAAAAUAACAAAAAAGAUGCAGUGUUGUCAGACCUCGAAUAAUGCAAAUAAAAUAAGUUCAUGUUCAUUUUUAAACAACACAAUAGUAAUGUUUUAACUUAAGAAGAGUUCAGAAAUCAAUAUUUGGUGGAAUAACCCUGAUUUUCAAUCACAGCUUUCAUGCGUCUUGGCAUGCUCUCCACCAGUCUUUCACAUUGAUGUUGGGUGACUUUAUGCCACUCCUGGUGCAAAAAUCCAAGCAGCUCGGCUUUGUUUGAUGGCUUGUGACCAUCCAUCUUCCUCUUGAUCACAUUCCAGAAGUUUUCAAUUGGGUUCAGGUCUGGAGAUUGGGCUGGCCAUGACAGGGUCUUGAUCUGGUGGUCCUCCAUCCACACCUUGAUUGACCUGGCUGUGUGGCAUGGCGCAUUGUCCUGCUGGAAAAAACAAUCCUCAGAGUUGGGGAACAAUGUCAGAGCAAAAGGAAGCAAGUUUUCUUCCAGGACAACCUUGUACAUGACUUGAUUCAUGCAUCCUUCACAAAGACAAAUCUGCCCGAUUCCAGCCUUGCUGAAGCACCCCCAGAUCAUUUAAAUGUUUUACAUUUUUAGUCAUUUAGUAGAUGCUCUUAUCCAGAGCGACUUACAGGAGCAAUUAGGAUUAAGUGCCUUGCUCAAGGGCACAUCGACAUAUUUUUCACCUAGUCUGCUCGGGAUUAGAACCAGCGACCUUUCGGUUACUGGCACAACGCUCUUAACCACUAAGCUACCUGCAUCACCGAUCCUCCACCAAAUUUCACAGUGGGUGUGAGACACUGUGGCUUGUAGGCCUCUCCAGGUCUCCGUCUAACCAUUAGACAACCAGGUGUUGGGCAAAGCUGAAAAUUGGACUCAUCAGAGAAGAUGACCUUACUCCAGUCCUCUACGGUCCAAUCCUUAUGGUCUUUUGUAAACCUCAGCCUGGCUCUUCUUUACUUCUCAUUGAUGAAGGGCUUUUUUCUAGCUUUGCACGACUUCAGCCCUGCCCCUAGGAGCCUGUUUCGAACCGUCCUCGCCGUGCACUUCACCCCAGCUGCCGUUUGCCAUUAUUUUUGUAGGUCACUUGAUGUCAUCCUACGGUUGUUGAGUGACAUUCAAAUGAGUUGGUGGUCAUCCCGGUCAGUAGAGAGUCGUUUUCGCCCUCUGCCGGUCUGUAGCUUUGUUGUCCCCAAUGUCUGCUGCUUGACCUUGUUCUUAUGAACCGCCGUCUUUGAAAUUUUAAGGAUGGAAGCAACCUGACGCUCACUGUAUCCCUCUGCCAGUAAAGCCAGAAUUGAACCCUUCUUUUCCUCACUCAAAACUUUCCUUUUCAACUCUUUUGGCAUGGUCAAGAGUUAUUUUUUGAUUAAUAUUACUUUUGAGGUACUAUUAGCACUGUUUUUGCCAUCCAGCUGGUCCUAUUGCAAGAGGAUAGUGAUGACCACAGCAGUGGUUUUAUACUUUUAUUCGUUAAAUAUAAUUUGGUUCAGGUGAUCACCUAAUCAGUACCUAAUUCAGUAGAAUGAGGUGUGCCUGUGUUGGAAUUCAACAGACACUGGAAUGGAAUGGCUGUCAUACAUGUAGAGAUGCUGAUUUAAGAAAAAUUUGCAGUGGUCUCUUUUAUUCCAGAGCUGUAUAUAUAUUGGGAUACGUAAAGGGGCCCUAAAAUUCUAAAUCAAAUAGCUAAAUGAUCCAUGUUAUGACCAUCUUAAAACAAUUCCAUAUGUUAGUGAAGUAGAACCCCCCCCCCCCCCCCCCCCUAUAGGGAAGACAUAGUCCAGAGAUGGCUACACUAGUGUGAAUAAGUCAUUAUCUAUGUAUGACCUUAUAGAAUUACUGUAUGACAUGCAUUGCCUCAUUUACAUUAACUCACUGAGGCUGAGCUCACUGAUGCCCCCUUCAGGCAGAAGAUGGUUCCACACACAGUCUAUCAGCGAAUAGAAAAGGAACAGACAAACUACAAUCAUCAUAUGCUACUGUGUGCUGUGGAGUUGCACUUGUGUGUGUGAAAUGUCUGUGCACGUAAUAAUAAUGAUAAAGCAUUUUAUUUGUAACGUGUGGUGUCACAAACUCAAAGUGCUACAAGUCAUAGCAUAAUGAUGAAGACAUUUUUAUGGCUGUUAUGUUGAGCCGUUGUCCCUCUCCCUGUGCGUCCCCAGGCGUUGGCUCAUUGUUGGCACGGUUCCAGUUGUCGGAGGGUCCCAGUAAGCCCUCUCCCCUGGCGGUCCAGUUUACCAGUGAGGGCAGCACUCUGUCAGGCUGUGAUAUAGAGCUGGCAGGGCCCGGGUACCGCUUCUCACUCGUCAAGAAGAGAUUCGCUGCA